AUGUCCACAGCUACAGGGUACAACAAAUGCCAACGGAAAAGUAUGUGUAAAAUAAAGAGCUACCAAAAUACCUGUUUAGAUGCUCCUGUAGUUGCAUUAGCAAAGUUUUGACCCUAAAGGAUCUUUGUAAGGCUGUCACCUUUUUCUUAUAUUAUUAAUGCCCUGUGCUCUCUGACCUGGCCGUGACCUGGCCCUGACCUGGCCCUGACCUGGCCGUGACCUGGCCCUGACCUGGCCGUGACCUGGCCCUGACCUGGCCGUGACCUGGCCGUGACCUGGCCCUGACCUGGCCCUGACCUGGCCCUGACCUGGCCCUGACCUGGACAUGACAUGGCCUUGACCUGGCCCAGCUUUACCGCUUAUAAAGUGGAGUGAAUAAAGCAUGCUGUAAAUCAGCCUGCAAGAAAGAGAAGAGAGGAAGUGUUUAACAUCAUGAGAGGAGCUCAUUUAUGUUUAUUCUUAUGAUAUAUCUAAUUCAAGUUCAAGUUUCAAGUUCAAGCCUUUUAAUACCCACAUUGCAGUCAUAGACACUGAAAUACAUAGGUAUGGCUAACAUAAAAAAUGAUCAGUGGUGUAAAGUACUUAAGUUAAAAAAUACUUUAAAGUACUUCUGAAGUCGUUUUUUAAAAUAUAUCUGUACUAAUUUUUGACAACUUUUACUUUUACUCCACUACAUUCCUAAUGAAAAUAUGUACUUUUUACUCCCAUACAUUUUCCCUGACACCCAAAAGUACUCGUUACAUUUAGAAUGCUUAUGCAGGACAGCAAUAUGGUCCAAUUUACACCCCUAUCAAUAUCACUAUGUUUCCCCUGGCCCAACUUAAACACUCCAUUACAAUCUCCAUUACAGAUUAAGGGCAGUCUAAAGAUAUCCUUCAGUAGCUUGGUCCCAGAUUUGGAUGUGCUUGCCUUCAGCCAAGUCCUUCGACUAACUAUUGCUGUCAUGAUAAUGGGAACACGACAGGCAGAGAGGAAGCCAAAGCACAAUCAGAUCUGGAGCCAGGCUAAUCUUUCUGAGAAAGUUCCUAUGACUGGAGUUGUCUGUGCCAGCCUGGGCUCUCAAAUGUUCCAUCAUGUCUUUGCAGACAUUCUAGUUGUUCCCACAACUGUUCCCACAACUGAUUGUCCUGUUGCAUCAUUGGGUUUUGUAUCUGAGUAAUGAGUAACACUGUAAUAGCAAUCGUAUCGAAAAAUGUGACGCCUUCAUCUCUGAACAGAAUAAUAUAUGGCUGGAUUCAAUCCGAUCACGCGUUUUCAACAAUGCCCCUUUUAAAAAGGCAAUGUUCCCGUGUUCGUAGAGAUCGCAUUCACAGUAAACGCUGCAAAUGUCGGCUCAACCAGAAAUUGCCUUGUGGUGUCAAGCGCGCUACAACACGUGAUCGGAUUGAAUCCCGGACAUAGACACGACUUUGACUGUCAAGAAGUAAUCAAAUUUCAGAGAAACAAUGAUGGCCAGCACUAACAAUAAAGCUUGGAGAAAGGUUGAAGAACCGAAUUAUCAAGCUUAGAGAAACAUCAGGCACUUGCUUUGUGUGUACGGCGAGCACAGUCUUUAAAUUUGAAAAGCUACUUAGCCCCUUAGGGCCACCGUACUUGUGACUGCUGUUAUGCAAUAAAACAGACGAAACAACCCCUUUUCAGAGCUCUGACAGUAUUUAUUCAAUAGCAACCUGCCGUCACCACCCAGGACCAAGCCGUACCACAGUCGCAAUGUUCACUGCUGUUCGUCAGUCUGUCAACUCUGCCUCCAUGACGGCUCUGAGGGCUCUCAUUGAAGCGGUUCCUUUAACGGCCCCAGUAACGCAUCUAAAUGGACGCCAGUUGAAUGGCUUUAUUGCACCUCUGAUUAAAUCAGCAUAAGCCGGUCAAUAGCCCGUAAACGGCCCAGUGGUCAGACAGGCAAAGCCCAGUUCUGGCGGCUCCCAGGGGGUGAGAUCUGGGCCAAAACGCUGGGAGCUCUCGCUGCUCUACUGUACUGUAAGGGAAGUGCUGUUUUAGGAUUACACAAUGCCUGAGGUGACAUACUGUAUGGACUUCAGUCACUGAGACGAUGGCUGGAUGGUUCUGUUAACUCACUGGAACGAAUGGCAGCCAUGUUGGGAGUCGAAGUCAAUUCAAUUAUUUAUAUAUGCACUGCCAGUCGAAAGUUUGGACACAUCUACUCAUCAAGGGUUUUUCUUUUUUGUAAAUAAAAUUACAUUGUAGAAUAAUAGUGAAGACAUCAAAAAUAUGAAAUAACACAUAUGGAAUCAUGUAGUAACCAAAAAAGUGUUAAACAAAUCUUAAUAUAUUUUACAUUUGAGAUACUUCAAAUAGCCACCCUUUGCCUUGAUGACAGUUUUGCACACUCUUGGCAUUCUCUCAACCAGCUUCAUGAGGUAGUCACUGUCACGAGAAUGUUGUUAUCUCAAUGGUUGCAAGCUUUGAAUAAUUGUAAGGCUCUGGUUUAAAAAUGAAUUAAACAAAGUCCCGUUCUGCAAUAGGUCCGUCUUUUUAUUCAUGAGAGCUCUGGCGCUAAAAACACACACAGCCUUUUUAUAUGCAUUCACACAAAGGAACUUUGCUCCGCCCACCUUUAGGCGGCCUGUGACUUUCCACAGUAUAGAAUGUUUCUUUCAGCAGUUUCUAGGUCCCCCUUACUAUGGAAUGUUGGCCUCCAACAGUUUCUACCCAUCUUCCCUGUUAGUGGUUUUAUUGUCUUAUAACUCUAACACAGUUUACACAUUUAUACAGUAUCGGGGUGGAAACACUUUAGUCAUUACUUUACACAUAUAAAUUCUUCUAUCAAUCACCUGGAAUGCAUUUCAAUUAACAGGUGUGCCUUCUUUAAAGUUAAUUUGUGGAAUUUCUUUCCUUCUUAAUGCGUUUGAGCCAAUAAUUGUGUUGUGACAAGGUAGGGGGGAAUACAGAAGAUAGCCCUAUUUGGUAAAAGACCAAGUCCAUAUUAUGGCAAGAACAGCUCAAAUAAGCAAAGAGAAACAACAGUCCAUCAUUACUUUAAGACAUGAAUGUCAGUCAAUACGGAACAUUUCAAGAACUUUAAAAGUUUCUUCAAGUGCAGUCGCAAAAACCAUCAAGCGCUAUGAUGAAACUGGCUCUCAUGAGGACCGCCACAGCAAUGGAAGACCCAGAGUUACCUCUGCUGCAGAGGAUAAGUUCAUUAGAGUUAUCAGCCUCAGAAAUUGCAGCCCAAAUAAAUGCUUCACAGAGUUCAAGUAACAGACACAUCUCAACAUCAACUGUUCAGAGGGGACUGUGUGAAUCAGGUCUUCAUGGUCGAAUUGUUGCAAAGAAACCACUACUAAAGGACACCAAUUAGAAGAACAGACCUGCUUGGGCCAAGAAACACGAGCAAUGGACAUUAGACCGGUGGAAAUGUGUCCUGUGAUCUGGAGUCCAAAUUUGAGAUUUUUGGUUACAACCGCCGUGUCUUUGUGAGACGCAGUGUGGGUGAACGGAUGAUCUCCGCAUGUGUAGUUCCCACCGUAAAGCAUGGAGGAGGAGGUGUUAUGAUGUGGGGGUGCUUUGCUGGUGACACUGUCUGUGAUUUAUUUAGAAUUCAAUGCACACUUAACCAGCAUGGCUACCACAGCAUUCUGCAGCGAUACACCAUCCCAUCUGGUUUGGGCUUAGUGAGACUAUCAUUUGUUUUUCAACAGGACAAUUACAUUUGACAUUUUAGUCAUUUAGUAGACGCUCUUAUCCAGAGCGACUUACAGUUAGUGAGUGCAUACAUUUUUCAUACUGGCCCCCCGUGAGAAACGAACCCACAACCCUGGCGUUGCAAGCGCCAUGCUCUACCAACUGAGCUACAGGGGACCUCCAGGCUGUAUAUUAUGUUAAUCGAUUGUUGAACUGGAAUUCACCCCCACCUCUUCCCCUCUAUAAAAUAUGUCCCCUCCCCAUUACUGUCCAAUUACCUGGCCCUGAGUGCUCUCCCCCAAACUCUUCUGGCAAAAAGGUCACAAGCCAACAAGGUGAAGAGUUUGGAUAUGUAUUUUUGUGUCUAAUUUACUCUCCCAAGAUUAGUAGAGGAACUCAGAAGUGCCUCUGCAGAGUCUUUGUAGCAUGGGCAGCUCGCUGAACCAAAAUACUUGCGACCUGAAGACUUACAUUAGCUCCCUGAGCUAGCUAAUGCAUUGGUUGACAUUUUCACCAUGCAAAAUUGUUCAACAAUGUGUGUUAUGAAGAGGCAACUAUGUAUCGCUCAGUAAGCUGUAAUCGCCUCCUAACGACAUCUUUGAAGAAGGUAAAUCACACUGUGAGAUUAUAAUGAGGUUUACGGCAUUUUUUGCACAUUUCACGUUGAUUUUGCACUACGAAAAUGUCACCCCUAGGCAUUAAACUCAGCAGGCAAACACAUUCUUGUGGCAACCCAGGUUCGAACCCAGUCAGUCACAUCCAGACGAGGGCUUUGUUUGUGUACUGUAUCUGCCCUCAUACUAUUUAAACAUGCGGGGAUUGUUGGGGGAAGAGACUCUCUGGCUCAUUGUCUUUAGACGUUUAUGACUCUGACUUUAUGCUUCAUAAAGGGCAAACAGAUUUCAACUGUUUUUAGGAAGCCUAAGCUGUAUUGAUGUUGUUGUGGCCGGAUUGACUCUCGUUACCGGCACCUCCCAUUUUUGGCCAUUCAGGUUAUCACUCCUGGUCAGUGAGGGAGUGACUCCCCUUUGAGUUCUCUGUGUAGCUCUUCCAUUUGUUAUCUUGUUGACUUGGCAUAUCUGAUGAAAUACUGAGGACAGAUGAGUUUAAGGGGGAGAGCUUGACAGCAUGAUUAAAAUUGCCACAUGGCAUCUUCUUCUUAUAGUCUCAGGUUUCAUAAAAAUGUGAAUAAACAGUCUUAACCUAGUGUGUUAUCUAUGAAUGAAGUGGUGUAAAUACUCCACAGUAGAGCUGGGAGGAUAAACCGGAAAUGAUCGACAAUCGACCAUACAUCGCAGGCACUUUGCUGAUAUCGUUCAUUACGAUAAGCAGCCUACACUAGAGAAAUGUCAAGGGUGAUUGUUAAAGGGACAAUUGGUGGCUACAAACAUCAAACCAGUAGUAGUAGUUUAAAGGGUAAUACAACUUAACUGUGGUGCAGAUUAAUGUUAUAAAGCUAUCCUUCUAGUUAUCAUUAUCACAUCAAUUCAGGCAAUUUAGCACCAUAUGGAUUUUUGUCGAUAUCGCCCAGCUCAACUACACAUGAAUGUAGUGUGUGUGUGUGUGUGUGUGUGUGUGUGUGUGUGUGUGUGUGUGUGUGUGUGUGUGUGUGUGUGUGUUAGUUCUAAGCGAUUAGUCCUUUUUGAGGUCAGUUCGGUUUCGGUUAGAUUCUAAAAAAAUUAUCACAAUUUUUUCGAUUUCGGUUUCAAUUAUUAUUUUUUAACAUUAAAGGCACUUUAAGUUGUUGCGUAUAUUACAUUGGUUUUAUUUGAUGACUUUAUUAUUUCAAUAAGUCAUCAUCUCAUCUCUAUAGAGCUGCUGCCUAUGCGGUUUGACAAAACCACUAUUUUAGUAGUUCUUCAAAGUAAAUAAAGCAUACUUUUAUGACCGCUGAAUACCAACUCUCAAUUAGAUCAGGGUUUCCCAAACUCGGUCCUGGGCCCCCCCUGGGUGACGUUUUGUUUUAUGCCCUAGCGCUACACAGCUGAAUCAAAUAAUCAAAGCUUGAUGAUGAGUUGAUUAUUUGAAUCAACUUUGUAGUGCUAGGGCAAAAACCAAAACGUGCACCCAGGGGGGCCCAGGACAGAGUUUGGGAAACCCUGACUUAGAUCAUGUGUAUUCAGGUAGAAAUAUAAUACCUCACAAAGCAACUGCUCUCUAUCUCUCUCGAUCGCACAAGAAACACAGUCUGGACAAGUAGACCCGCAAAGGAUUAUGGUAAUUGUAGUUAAUUUCCACGUUUUCGGCACUUAACUAUGUAGAAUAUUGGCCUGUUGGAAACUACAACUCCCUACUAUAUCGCACAGUUCGGGCUUGAUCUGAUUUAUCUCUAGAGAAACUACACAAUGUGUGCAUUGAGCUCACAGAAAACCCCUGGAGCUCACAAACCCCUGAAAAAUAACGGACAUUUCAGGUAAUCGCUCAGCUCUAGUGUUUGUGUGGCCUGUGUGUGUCACGGGUGGGAUCUAAACCCAGGUCUCCCAUGGGAGAAACCAACAUCUUGACCAUUAGACCAAGAGAAAAUUCCUCUUGUGGUAAGGGUGACUUAUUUUGUAUCCCAGUUUGCUAUGCACUUGUACGCGUGUGUCUCCACACGUGUUGCUAAAUUGACAGCGAUACCACACUUUGGUUUCAAUCUCGGUCAGGAGGGGUAACACUUGACUUUUGGUUACUUACUCACUCCUCCUGUGAUUUAGCCAUCAGACGUUCAUCCUGGCUAUCUGGUUGUGAUAAGACUGUCUUUUCAAGGACGCCUCAAGAAAACAACCAACAACAACCUCCUCCCUGAUGAGCUGCAGGCAUGUGUCAUAUCAUGCUUCAGCACACGCUGCAUUCCAAGAUCCAGAAAAACACCAUGUUGGUUAUAGUAAGGAUGUCCCGUGAAAUCUGCCGAAAAAGGGAUCCUGAAAAGAUUACAUUGUAAACAUUCAAAUAACUUAAAGUACGUGAUUCAAGAGAUGGGCAAUAGACAGAAUGUCCUCCCCCUUGCAACAAUAGGACAUUUUCCCAUUCAUUUUCAAUUCCUGAUUUCAAUUGAGUUGAGAUGGGAAUUGACCUAAAACCCUUAAAAGAAGAUACUAGUCCAAGCCAAAGCAAAGUUACCACUAUUGUAUGCUCAGUCAAUAUCUAUACCCUCUCUUCCUCAAUAUCUGUACCCCCUAUUCCUCAAUAUCUGUACCCCCUAUUCUUCAGCAUCUGUUAAGUGAUUUCGAAGGGCCCCUUAUAUAGCCUACAGUAUGGAUGUGGGGCUGCUUAUCCUGGGACCAUGGUCUGUCUGUCAGGAAGGGGGGCAGCUGGGGUCGAGUUUAUCCCUUAAGUCUGGCCUUUUCCGUGUCUUUAGGCUUUCUGGACAAGAUUGGCUGCUGUCUGUCUUGUGCCCUGGGCUAUGACAUGCAAACACACACUCAGACACGCAUGCACAAACGUAUACACACACAUGAAGGCAUGCACACGUACUGUACAUGCAGUAUAUACAGAAACACACUAAUGUACAGUACCUGCACUCACACACAGAAACAGUUUGCUGUACAAAAACAAACGUUUUUGUACACCAGCUUCAAACACCUGAAAAUACCAUAUUUUUGGUUAUUGAAAGGAUAUUUCACAACAGUUUAGAUGGUACAAUGAUUCUCUAGGUUGUACCAUCAUCAACUGAAAUUAGGCAAACUAUUAGAAUUUUAGCAACCAGGAAAUGGCGGAGCAAUUUCUGCGUAUUGCACCUACAGUUGAAGUCAUAAGUUUACAUACACCUUAGCCAAAUACAUUUAAACUCAGUUUUUCACAAUUCCUGACAUGUAAUCCUAGUAAAAAUUCCCUGUUUUAGGUCAGUUAGGAUCACCACUUUAUUUUAAGAAUGUGAAAUGUCAAAAUAAUAGUAGAGAGAAUUAUUUCUUUCAGCUUUUAUUUCUUUCAUCACAUUCCCAGUGGGUCAGAAGUUUACAUACACUCAAUUAGUAUUUGGUAGCAUUGCCUUUAAAUUGUUUAACUUGGGUCAAACAUUUCGGGUAGCCUUCCACAAGCUUCCCACAAUAAGUUGGCCCAUUCCUCCUGACAGAGCUGGUGUAACUGAGUCAGGUUUGUAGGCCUCCUUGCUCGCACACGCUUUUUCAGUUCUGCCCACAAAUGUUCUAUAGGAUUGAGGUCAGGACUUUGUGAUGGCCACUCUAAUACCUUGACUGUUGUCCUUAAGCCAUUUUAACACAACUUUGGAAGUAUGCUUGGGGUCAUUGUCCAUUUGGAAGACCCGUUUGCGACCCAGCUUUAACUUCCUGACUGAUGUCUUGAGAUGUUGCUUCAAUAUAUCCACAUAAUUUUCCUUCCUCAUGAUGCCAUCUAUUUUGUGAAGUGCACCAGUCCCUCCUGCAGCAAAGCACCCCCACAGCAUGAUGCUGCCACCCCCUGUGGUGAAUGAUGGACGGAGUCAGGCGCAGGAGUAAAAUAACCGGAUGCAGAUUUAUUCCUUCCAGACAUACAAUGCACCUACAACGGCAAUCGAAACAGGUACAGGGGAAACAAUCCUCCCUGACCAAACACAGUCUCAGAAAAUAGAAUAAAUGUAAUGACACAGGGGAAAAUCAACCCUGGCAAAAUAAAUGAGAGAGUAUCUCAACCGAGCUACUCUCCUCCCACAUAGAACAAUCACUCACAAAGACAAGGGGCAGAGGGAACACUUAUACACAGACUAAUUAGGGGAUGAGCACCAGGUGUGUGUGAUUGACAAGACAAGUGGAGUGAUGAGAAUGGGAGCGGCAGUAGCUAGUAAGCCGGUGACGACGAACGCCGAAACCUGCCCAAACAAGGAGGGGAGGCAGCCUCGGCGGAAGUCGUGACACCCCCGUGCUUCACGGUUGGGAUGGUGUUCUUCGGCUUGCAAGCGUUCCCCUUUUUCCUCCAAACAUAACGAUGGUCAUUAUGGCCAAACAGUUCUAUUUUCGUUUCAUCAGACCAGAGGCUAUUUCUCCAAAAAGUACGAUCUUGGUCCCCAUGUGCAGUUGCAAACCGUAGUCUGGCUUUUUUAUGGCGGUUUUGGAGCAGUGGCUUCUUCCUUGCUGAGCGGCCUUUCAGGUUAUGUCGAUAUAGGACUUGUUUUACUGUGGAUAUAGAUACAUUUGUACCUGUUUCCUCCAGCAUCUUCACAAGGUCCUUUGCUGUUGUUCUGGGAUUGAUUUGCGCUUUUCGCACCAAAGUACGUUCAUCUCUAGGAGACAGAACACGUCUCCUUCCUGAGCGGUAUGACGGCUGCGUGGUCCCAUGGUGUUUAUACUUGCGUACUAUUGUUUGUACAGAUGAACGUUGUACCUUCAGGUGUUUGGAAAUUGCUCCCAAGGAUGAACCAGACUUGUGGAGGACUACAAUUUCAGUCUUGGCUGAUUUCUUUUGAUUUUCCCAUGAUGUCAAGCAAAGAGGCACUGAGUUUGAAGGUAGUCCUUGAAAUACAUCCACAGGUACACCUCUAAUUGACUCAAAUGAUGUCAAUUAGCCUAUCAGAAACUUCUAAAGCCAUGACAUCAUUUUCUGGAAUUUUCCAAGCUGUUUAAAGGCACAGUCAACUUAGUGUAUGUAAACUUCUGACCCACUGGAAUUGUGAUACAGUGAAUUAUAAGUGAAAUAAUCUGUCUGUAAACAAUUGUUGGAAAAAUUACUUGUGUCAUGCACAAAGUAGAUGUCCUAACCGACUUGCCAAAACUAUAGUUUGUUAACAAGAAAUGUGUGGAGUGGUUGAAAAAAUGAGUUUUAAUGACUCAAACCUAAGUGUAUGUAAACUUCCGACUUCAACUGUAUAAAUGUACAUUUACACACACUCUUACACACAUAACAUUCCUCUCUGUAGUCCCCGCUAGGUGUUGUACGGCUGAGCGAUAAGCCCAAUGUUCACAAAGGAGCCAUCAAUCUGCUGAGGACGCUAAUGACCUAGUGGCUAAAACCUGGACCGUGUUCACCCCUACUAAUACAACUCUGAGGGUCAAACCUGGACUGGACUGCUCCCUCUAAUACAACUCCAGAAGGUCAAGUCAGGCUAAAAAUGCUAAAUGUAUCCCCCCUGGAUUGGAUGGAUGUACCAUUGUAUGCGGCCAUUAAGAAAUUUGGCAUGGUAUUAGCCAUGCAGACUCAUAUAUUUGGAGUGACCACUGAUGAGGACUAGGUUAGAGUUAAACUAUUUGCUAUGUGGUAUUUUAUUCCAGUUAAUUAGGUAUUUGAAUUGGAUAUGGAAUUUGAAUUGAAUGUAUGAAAGGGAUGUUAGGUAUUUUUUAAAAUUACAAAUGUAGUGCCCAAUGACUGAAAACUGUCAGGGACUGUUGCAUUAACCGUGCCAUGAUGUUGUAGGCAACACAUUAAAGAAUAAGCUUUAACACUGGUAAUCAUGACCAGUUGCAAUUGAUAUCUCCUUCCAUGAAUAGGGUUAACCCCAGUAGCUGUUCAUAACAAAUGAGGAGGGAUAUAGUAAGGUGGGGUAAGAGGGGGAGAUGAGACGAAUCCACCCCAUGUUUACUGAUCCGUGCCUUGUUUUCCAGCCCCCUCCCUCUCCUACCUCCCUCUCCUACCGGCUGAAUACACUCUCUCACUCUGGCCAGGCUGUCUCUUCAGGCUAAUGUUGCUCUCAUUACCAACAAAGCAUGGGCAGCCAGUAGCAUGCCAACAGCAGAACAGGGCAACAACAAGAGACUCACUAACUCUGCUAACUCCAGAAUACCAAGACGGGUGCUAUUAAAGUGAAAACAUUGUAUUAUUUUUUUGCUUCUUUAAGUCCCGGGUCACUUGAUUCACCAUGGAGUUUGGGAAAAUUCGUUUGAAUCUCAAAACAGUGCUGUUGACCAUGAUGAUGUUCAAAUGGGGUAAGUCUCUCAUUGCAAGUGAUCGACAUGAUGCUACGGGACAGGGUGUGAAUGUAUCAUAGUGCAAAAAUGACAUCCUGUAGCGCUUUCUUUAAAGUGCCAAUAUGCAGUUCAAACAAUAACAAAGUCAGUUGAGGAAUAAGACUGGAGAAAUGUAACCACUCUCAAAUUCAUAGACAAAACUGUCUGGAUCCAGGGACUGACCAUCCAUUAUAUAAAAAUGAUAGUUUUAACCAUGUUUUGAGGCUGUACAGUGUUUGUUUACAUUUACAUUGUUUACAAGCAUUGAAGUAAAACAAGCUUAUAUUUUGGGUUCUGAUGGGGUACAACAGUAUAACUAAGCUCAUGAGGCAUUUAUAAGUUAUAUUCUUUAAGAAUCAAUGGUUAUAUAUUAUUAAUUUAAAAGUCCUAAAAUGGAUGUAGCAAUCACAGAUUGCCUCUUUAAGUUGGAGAAGAUUUUGAAUGUGAAGAGAAGGUAUGGCAGGGGUGUAAGCCCUUACAGAGGAACAAGUGCGCCACUUGCCAGUUGUUGUGGGCGGCUCGUAAUCCCCUUUCCUGAAAGCAACAGGUUGCGUGGAAAGAUUAUUGAAGGAAGCGAGUAAACAUCUUAAUGCCCCACAACACAUUUCUGAAGUAUUUUAAUCAGAAGCUCCAACAGAAAAAGUUAACUAAUUAAUUUCUAAAUUGCAAAGUAAUAAUUUAUUUUAAUAUUUUUUCAUACGUUUCGACACAUGCAGUUGCUUUACUAUUCUGCUUUAAAUUAAUUUAUUCCCAAAUAUGAAUGAUAUUCUACGUCACAAGAAACACAAAUUAUAUUUCCCACAGUUUCUAAACAUUGUCCGUGUUCAAGAGCAUCGAAACAGUGAUGUAUCAUGGGUAAAUUGUGACAGAGUAGUUAUUUAGGAUGCAAGGUGAUUUGUAAAUCAGUCAGUCUCAAUUUGUCUUUAAAGUCGGAUGAGCUUUGUGUUCCCCUGUUGUCACAAAUCCACUGUGCCUUUGGUUUUUGACUCUCCUUGGCAUUGGUUUGCAUGGAACCCUAGUCCGAACUCUUCAAAAUAAUUGUUUUAAAGAAUUCCCCUUUUUCCCCUUGGUUUCAACUGACGCUAGUACCACCAACUCUUUACAACAAGUGGCCUGAAGAAUUCCCCCUCGUCUCCCUGUUUUGAGAGAUGCUGCUCGAUGUUACAGGGGCAGGGCGCAUUCAUUACGCCGAUUCUGUUGCAAAACGUUUCUUAAACGGAAUGAAACGGGGAGGGACCUAUCUGAAUUUGUCCAAUAUAAACUCUUGUUUUAGUUGCAAAACGUUCCAUUUUGCAACUGUUUGGACUGAUUGCACCCCAGGAGUGGUUCUCAGGGUGGAGCUUGGCUGCUUUAUGCUCAUUUUGCCCCAUGCACCCCCAACUGACGGGAGUCUGAAACAGAAAGAGCGGGGGUUGGUAGGCGACUACGCAUUCAUUGUUGCUCAUAACCAUGACAACGGGCCCUCAGACUAAUUUCCAGGGCAUUAUCGGAGGGCCUCAAAAAAAGAUUAGAAUUUGAGGCUAAUCACUUUGAGCAACAUCUUUUGCUUUGACGACGUGGAACCCAGUUGAAUGAAUAUCUUAUCUGGGGCUCAUUAAAAUCAGGAGCUUGAUGAAAAUGUUGUAUUAUUGACACAAAGCUCAAGAUAUUAGUGAUUAGAGUGAAAAUACUUUCCAUGAAAUCAAGGUGUAUCACUGAAACAAAUGCUGAAAUGCACUGCAAGUUUCAUUGAGGAAAAUAAGUUUCAUUGAGGAAAACUGAAACCUGCACAGGAGUUUAGUCCACUGUUUCACAGUUCUCCAGUUUAUAGUUCAGAAGCGAAGGCAGGGGUCCAUGUCAAAUCAUGCAUGCAUGCAGAGAUAGGCUAGCCAAGAGUGAGCUCACUGAUGAGAAACUCCAUUGAGGCGAGCAAAUGAAUGGACACAAUAUGAGGUCGCAAACAAUCUCAAGAAAAGCCCAAAAUCAUGUGUUUGAAUGAAUCUCUGAAUUAAAUACCAAAGUUAGUGCUUAACAUGUUUCUACGUAGCGUGCUAACUCUCGUAGCUCGGUUCCACCCACUCAGAGUGUGGGACCCCCUGGUGUUUUGUUUGCGGAUUAGCCACGGCCACUUGUCCACAGGCAGAUUACUAUCUCUCCGUGCCCCAGAGGUUUCUUCUCAAAUACGUUUGUUUGAUGGGGAAGAGGGAUCUAGGGAAGGGGUCAAGGUGUUACAAAACCAAACAACCUCACAUCUCAAAAUCCGCCUUCAUGUAAACCGUACCUCUCACUCUCUGGUACCACCACCACCAGAAAUGACCUGUCCAGGACCAAGGUUUUUUUUUUUUUUUUUUGAGGGGGGAAGGAGAUUAUUUUAAUUCCCAGUUCCAGACAAAGACGACAGUGGUCAGAAAUCACCUCACAGGCCCUUUUUAAAAAUCACUCCACCAUGCUGACCCCUAGCUCCUCCCCCACACUGACCCCUAGCUCGUGACAACAUAGACAGAGAGAGUCAGCAAGAGAGAGAAAGGGCUGAAUUCAAUCCGUAUUGAAGAAGUAUUGCGGAAGAUCCGUGUUAUAGCUUGUUUGAAAUUUAAAGGCAAUGUUCUCGCAUUUGCAGAGACUGCAUUCACGGUAAAUGCUGCAUAUGUCGGCUCAAUCGGAAAUUAACUUUACAUUUUGACACAGAUUUUCUGUGAUACUUCCGCGAUACGGAUUGAAUCCAGCCCAAAGAGAGAGAGAGAGAGAGCUAGAGGGAGAGAGAGAGGGGGAAGGGUUCUGUCAGAUGUCAGUGACAGCCUCUCCGUCUUUCUUUUCCCCUCUCCCCCUCCCUGGGCCAGGUUUAGAUCCAUGGUAGAGCUGUCUGCUGUUCUCCCCUCUCUCUCCCUCCCUGGGCCAGGUUUAGAUCCAUGGUAGAGCUGUCUGCUGUUCUCCCCUCUCUCUCCCUCCCUGGGCCAGGUUUAGAUCCAUGGUAGAGCUGUCUGCUGUUCUCCCCUCUCUCUCCCUCCCUGGGCCAGGUUUAGAUCCAUGGUAGAGCUGUCUGCUGUUCUCCCCUCUCUCUCCCUCCCUGGGCCAGGUUUAGAUCCAUGGUAGAGCUGUCUGCUGUUCUCCCCUCUCUCUCCCUCCCUGGGCCAGGUUUAGAUCCAUGGUAGAGCUGUCUGCUGUUCUCCCCUCUCUGGGCCAGGUUUAGAUCCAUGGUAGAGCUGUCUGCUGUUCUCCCCUCUCUCUCCCUCCCUGGGCCAGGUUUAGAUCCAUGGUAGAGCUGUCUGCUGUUCUCCCCUCUCUCUCCCUCCCUGGGCCAGGUUUAGAUCCAUGGUAGAGAUGUCUGCUGUUCUCCCCUCUCUGGGCCAGGUUUAGAUCCAUGGUAGAGCUGUCUGCUGUUCUCCCCUCUCUCUCCCUCCCUGGGCCAGGUUUAGAUCCAUGGUAGAGCUGGCUGCUGUUCUGGACACUGUUGACUUUCUCCACUGUCUGUUUGAACUGAGGAGACCCACUGUUCAAAAAAUUGUUGAAUCAAUGUUGUUUCCAUUUCAUUUCAACAAAAUAAUUAUAUGUGAUGACAUUGAAUCAACAUGGAAAACUGAUUGGAUUCCCCAAUUUAAGGGAAUUUCAUUUUUUUCACCAAUGUCAUGGUGAAUACAACCGAAAGUCUGUCUUAAACCCACCUUGCAACUGAUGCAAACAGGGACCUUGAAAAGAAAGCUCACUGUUCACUGCUCCUGAAUGUGACCUUUUAUUGAAGCCUUGUGACAAAACAACAAUGUUUCAAAUGACAUGGUCUUGUGUGCACAAGAACAGUGAAAUGAAUUUCUUGCUUGCUCUUUCCCAACAAUGCAGUAAUCAAUAUCAGUAGUACUAUAAAAAAUAAAUAACAAAAAGUCAAAUAGAACAAAAACACACAAGAAAUUGAAAUAAGACGAACACGAGAAAGUACAGCACAUUAGAAUUCAGACCCCUUCCCUUUUUCCACAUUAUGUUACAGCCUUAUUUGAAAAUGUAUGAAAAUAUUUUUUUUUCAUCAUCAAUCUACACACAAUACCCCAUAAUGACAAAGCGAAAACAUCUAUAAAAGAUGAAAAACAAAAAUACCUUAUUUACAUAAGUAUUCAGACCCUUUGCUAAGAAACUCGAAAUUGAGCUCAGGUGCAUCCUGUUUCCAUUAAUCAUCCUUGAGAUGUUUCUACAACUUGAUUGGAGUCCACCUGUAGUAAAUUACAUUUAUUGGACAUGAUUUGUAAAGGCACACCUGUCUAUAUAAGGUCCCACAGUUGACAGUGCCUGUCAUAGCAAAAACCAAGCCAUGAGGUCGAAGGAAUUAUCCAUAGAGCUCCGAGACAGGAUUAUGUCAAAGCACAGAUCUGAGGAAGAGUACCAGAAAAUGUCUGCAGUGUUGAAGGUCCCCAAGAACACAGUGACCUCUAUCAUUCUUAAAUGGAAGAAGUUUGGAACCACCAAGAUUCUUCCUAGCGCUGGCCGCCUGGCCAAACUGAGCAAUCGGGCAAAAGGGCCUUGGUCAGAACCCGAUGGUCACUCUGACAGAGCUCCAGAGUUCCUCUGUGGAGAUGGGAGAACCUUCCAGAAGGACAACUAUCUCUGCAGCACUCCACCAAUCAGGCCUUUAUGGUAGAGUGGCCAGACGGAAGUCACUCCUCAGCAAAAGGCACAUGACAGCCCACUUGGAGUUUGCCAAAAGGCACCUAAAGGACUCUUAGACCAUGAGAAACAAGAUUCUCUGGUCUGAUGAAACCAAGAUUGAACUCUUCGGCCUGAAUGCCAAGCGUCACGUCUGGAGGAAACCUGGCACCACCCUACGGUGAAGCAUGGUGGUGGCAGCAUCAUGCUGUGGGGAUGUUUAUCAGCGAAAGGGAUUGGGAGACUAGUCAGGAUCGAGGGAAAGAUGAACAGAGCAAAGUACAGAGAGAUCCUUGAUGAAAACCUGCUCCAGAGCGCUCAGGACCUCAGACUGGGGCGAAGGUUCACCUUCCAACAGGACAAUGACCCUACGCACACAGCCAAGACAACGCAGGAGUGGCUUCAGGGGGUGCCGGUACAGAGUCAAUGUGCGGGGGCACAGGUUAGUCGAGGUAAUUGAGGUAAUAUGUACAUGUAGGUAGAGAUAAAGUAAUGCAAAUUGUCCGGGUAGCCAUUUGAUUAACUGUUAAGAAGCCUUUUGGACCUAGACAUAGCGAUCUGGUACCGCUUGCUUUGCGGUAGCAGAGAGAACAGUCUAUGACUAGGGUGGCUGGAGGCUUUGACAAUAUUUAGGGCCUUCCUCUGACACUGCCCGGUAUAGAGGUCCUGGAUGGCAGGAAGCUUAGCCCCAGUGAUGUACUGGGCCGUAUGUACGGUCGGAGUCCGAGCAGUUGCCAUACCAGGCAGUGAUGCAACCAGUCAGGAUGCUCUCGAUGGUGCAGCUGUAUAACUUUUUGAGAAUCUGAUGACCCAUGCCAAAUCUUUUCAGUCUCCUGAGGGGGAAUAGGCUUUGUCGUGCCCUCUUCACGACUGUCUUGGGGUGUUUGGACCAUGAUAGUUCGUUGGUGAUGUGGACACCAAGGAACUUGAAGCACUCAACCUGCUCCACUACAGCCCUGUCGAUGAGAAUGGGGGCGUGCUCGGUCCUCUUCUUUUUCCUGUAGUCCACAAUCAUCUCCUUUGUCUUGAUCACGUUGAGGGAGAAGUUGUUAUCCUGGCACCACACGGCCAGGUCUCUGACCUCCUCCCUAUAGGCUGUCUCAUCGUUGUCGGUGAUCAGGCCUACCACUGUUGUGUCGGCGGCAAACUUAAUGAUGGUGUUGGAGUCGUGCCUGGCCAUGCAGUCAUGGGUGAACAGGGAGUACAGGAGGGGACUGAGCACUCACAACUGAGGGGCCACCGUGUUGAGGAUCAGCGUGGCAGAUGUGUUGUUACCUACCCUUACCACCUGGGGGCGGCCCAUCAGGAAGUCCAGGAUCCAGUUGCAGAGGGAGGUGUUUAGUCCCAGGGUCCUUAGCUUAGUGAUGAGCUUUGAGGGCACUAUCCAGGUGGGAAAGGGCAGUGUGGAGUGCAAUAGAUAUUGCAUCAUCUGUGGAUCUGUUGGGACGGUAUGCAAAUUGUAGUGGGUCUAGGGUUUCUGGGAUAAUGUUGUUGAUGUGAGCCAUGACCAGCCUUUCAAAGCACUUCAUGGCUACAGACGUGAGUGCUACAGGUCAGUAGUCAUUUAGGCAGGUUACCUUGGUGUUCUUGGGCACAGGGAUUCUGCUUGAAACAUGUUGGUAUUACAGACUCAGUCAGGGACAUGUUGAAAAUGUCAGUUAAGACACUUGCCAGUUGGUCAGCGCAUGCUCGGAGUACACGUCCUGGUAAUCCAUCUGGCCCUGCGGCCUUGUGAAUGUUGACCUGUUGAAAGGUCUUACUCAAAUCGGCUACGGAGAGCAUGAUCACACAGUCGUCCGGAACAGCUGUUGCUCUCAUGCAUACUUCAGUGUUGCUUGCCUCGAAGUGAGCAUAGAAGUAAUUUAGCUCGUCUGGUAGGCUCGUGUCACUGGGCAGCUCGCGGCUGUGCUUCCCUUUGUAGUCUGUAAUAGUUUGCAAGCCCUGCCACAUCCGACGAGCAUCAGAGCCGGUGUAGUACGAUUCAAUCUUAGUCCUGUAUUGACUCUUUGCCUGUUUGAUGGUUCAUCGGAGGGUAUAGCGGGAUUUCUUAUAAGCAUCCGGGUUAGAGUCCCGCUCCUUUAAAGCGGCAGCUCUACCCUUUAGCUCAGUGCGGAUGUUGCCUGUAAUCCAUGGCUUCUGGUUGGGGUAUGUACGUACGGUCACUGUGGGGACGAUGUCAUCGAUGCACUUAUUGAUGAAGCCAGUGACUAAUGUGGUGUACUCCUCAAUGCCAUCGGAAGAAUCCCGAACAUAUUCCAGUCUGUGCUAGCAAAACAGUCCCAUAGCUUAGCAUCUGCGUCAUCUGACCACUUCUUUAUUGACCGAGUCACUGGUGCUUCCUACUUUAGUUUUUGCUUGUAAACAGGAAUCAGGAGGAUAGAGUUAUGGUCAGAUUUGCCAAAUGGAGGGCGAGGGAGAGCUUUGUACGCUGCUCUGUGUGUGGAGUAAAGGUGGUCUAGAGGUUUUUUUCCUCUGGUUGCACAUUUAACAUGCUGGUAGAAAUGACAUAAAACGGAUGUAAGUUUCCCUGCAUUAAAGUCCCCGGCCACUAGGAGCGCCGCCUCUGGAUGAGCGUUUUCCUGUUUGCUUAUGGCCUUAUACAGCUCAUUGAAUGUGGUCUUAAUGCCAGCAUCAGUUUGUGGUGGUAAAUAGACAGCUACAAAAAAUAUAGAUGAAAACUCUCUUGGUAAAUAGUGUGGUCUACAGCUUAUCAUGAGAUACUCUACCUCAGCCAAGCAAAACCUUGAGACUUCCUUAAUAUUUGAUUUCGUGCACCAGCUGUUGUUUACAAAUAUACACAGACCACCAGUCCCUUGUCUCACCGGAGGCAGCUGUUCUAUCUUGCCAAUGCAGCAUAUAUCCCGCCAGCCGUAUGUUAUCCAUUUCGUCGUUCAGCCACGACUCUGUGAAACAUAAGAUAUUACAGUUUUUAAUGUCCCAUUGUUAGGAUAUCCAUGAUCUUAGUUCGUCAAUUUUGUUAUCCAACGAUUGUACGUUGGCUAAUAGGACUGAUGGUAGAGGCAGAUUACGCACUCGCCAUCGUAUCCUUACAAGGCACUCCGACCUACGACCCCGAUAUCUCUGUCUCUUUCUCAAUGUGAAUGACAGGGAUUUGGGCCUUGUCGGGUGUCUGAAGAAAAUCCUUCGCAUCCGACUCAUUAAAGAAAAAAUCUUUGUCCAGUACAAGGUGAGUAAUCGCUGUCCUGAUAUCCAUUAGCUCUUUUUGGUCAUAAGAGACAGUGGCAGAAACAUUAUAUACAAAAAAAGUUACAAAUAACGUGAAAAAACACACACAAUAGCACAAUUGGUUAGGAGCCCAUAAAACGGCAGCCAUCUCCUUCGGCGCUAUUCUACAGGUGUGCCAAGCUUGUAGCAUCAAACCCAAGAAGACUUGAGGCUGUAAUCGCUGCCAAAGGUGCUUCAACAAAGUACUGAGUAAAGGGACUGAAUACUUAAAUGUGAUAUUUCAGUUCUUAGUUUUUUUGACAUUUUUGCAAAUGUAUAAAAAAUAGUUUUUGCUUUGUCAUUAUGGGGUAUUGUGUGUAGAUUGAUGAGGGGGAAAAACUAUUUAAUCCAUUUUAGAAUAAGACUGUAACCUAACAAAAUGUGGAAAGAGUCAAGGGGUCUGAAUACUUUCCGAAUGCACUGUAAGUAAGCUAUAUACUGAGUCAGUUCAAGCAUACUUAGUCAAUGACUUUCCAGACAUCUCAGUACCAUAGAGCAGUCCUAGAAUGUCUGCAGAAAGUGCUCAUGGACUACCCAGACGGAUUAGGUUGCCAAUUGAAAUGGGGUUGGGAUUAGACCCAACUAGAGUAGGUUAAGAUUACAAUCAGGAUGAUCUCCAGGAAGAUUCACAUUCGAUGCAUUUUUGUGGCAAAUUAAACGGUACAUUGCUCAGACUCAGCUACUAACUCUGGGUUGUAUUCAUUAGGUCAUGUAACAGAAAACAUUUCAAAACAUUUUUCAAUUGAAAACAAAAUAAAACCAUAUUUCUACUUGGACAAGUCCAAAUAUUGCCUCACUGUUUCAGUUAUUUUCUUCUGUUUUCUGCCAAAUGAACACAACCCUGGUCUGGACUGUCUGGUCUGCCUUGACUGACAGCCGAGCCUGGAUCAUCACCACACGCUGUGGUAAAAGAUACCUACGAGCCCCAAGUCCUGUCCCCAAGUCCAGAGUGACUGGCAUUCCACGCCCAUGGCCAGGUUCACCAGAGAUAAAAGGCAUUGCUAGGUUAGAUAGGCACCAGAGAGGAGGGAAGGUGGUGACAUCACAAGAGUGGAAUGUUUUAGCGAUGACUUGCCCUCCUUUAGAGGUUGGAAUGGGAGAGAAGGGGCUGUGUGGGAGAUUGAGUGUGUGUUUGGUAAGGGGAUUUGAAUGAGGAGGUGCUGUGUGUGUGUGUGUGAAAGAGAGAGAGAGAGAGAGAAAAUAUGCAUGUGUGUGGUAAUGGGUUUUGGGCAAAAAAGCUGGAAUGGGGAGGGGGAACUGUGUGUGUGUGUAUAUGUGUGUCUGUGUGUGAGGGGGAGGGAGGGAGGGAGGGAGAGAGAUGGAGGGGGGUGAUGAGUGGAGAUGAGACAGGUGUGGGAGACGGCUGUCGCGUCUCGCCGUCCCAGAGGAACCUCCCAUUGUGUCUGUGUGCGGUAUCAGGUACAGUGGGUAAACAUGAGUCAGUACCAGUCAUCUAUAAUGAGUCAGAACCAGUCAUCUAUAAUGAGUAUGUACCAGUCAUCUAUAAUGAGUCUGUACCAGUCAUCUAUAAUGAGUCUGUACCAGUCAUCUAUAAUGAGUCAGAACCAGUCAUCUAUAAUGAGUCUGUACCAGUCAUCUAUAAUGAGUCUGUACCAGUCAUCUAUAAUGAGUCUGUACCAGUCAUCUAUAAUGAGUCAGGACCAGUCAUCUAUAGUGAGUCAGGACCAGUCAUCUAUAGUGAGUCAGGACCAGUCAUCUAUAGUGAGUCAGAACCAGUCAUCUCUAGUGAGUCAGAGUGAGUCAGGACCAGUCAUCUAUAGUGAGUCAGGACCAGUCAUCUAUAGUGAGUCAGAACCAAUCAUCUAUAGUGAGUCAGUACCAGUCAUCUAUAGUGAGUCAGGAUCAGUCAUCUAUAGUGAGUCUGGACCAGUCAUCUGUAGUGAGUCAGAACCAGUCAUCUCUAGUGAGUCAGAAUGUGAGUCAGGACCAGUCAUCUAUAGUGAGUCAGUACCAGUCAUCUAUAGUGAGUCAGAACCAGUCAUCUCUAGUGAGUCAGAAUGUGAGUCAGGACCAGUCAUCUAUAGUGAGUCAGAACCAGUCAUCUAUAGUGAGUCAGUACCAGUCAUCUAUAGUGAGUCAGAACCAGUCAUCUAUAGUGAAUCAGAACCAGUCAUCUAUAAUGAGUCUGUACCAGUCAUCUAUAGUGAGUAAGUACCAGUCAUUUAUAGUGAGUCAGGACCAGUCAUCUAUAGUGAGUCAGGACCAGUCAUCUAUAGUGAGUCAGAACCAAUCAUCUACAAUGAGUCAGUACCAGUCAUCUAUAGUGAGUCAGGACCAGUCAUCUAUAGUGAGUCAGGACCAGUCAUCUAUAGUGAGUCAGAACCAAUCAUCUAUAAUGAGUCAGUACCAGUAAUCUAUAGUGAGUCAGGACCAGUCAUCUAUAGUGAGUCAGAAUGUGAGUCAGGACCAGUCAUCUAUAGUGAGUCAGGACCAGUCAUCUAUAGUGAGUCAGAACCAAUCAUCUAUAAUGAGUCAGUACCAGUAAUCUAUAUUGAGUCAGGACCAGUCAUCUAUAGUGAGUCAGAAUGUGAGUCAGGACCAGUCAUCUAUAGUGAGUCAGAACCAGUCAUCUAUAGUGAGUCAGUACCAGUCAUCUAUAGUUUGUGUACGAGUCAGUGUGAAUAUGAAUCUGUAACUUUUUAUCCCCUGUGGUACAACCAAUCAGAGCUCAAACAAGAACACAGACACACAUAAAAACUAAAUGAAGUCUAUUUAAGCCAAUCAGUGCACUACACUUGCAACAAAUCUUAACCAGAAAUGAAACUACAGAUUGUGCCUUUUAUGCCUGGUUUUAUUUGAAUCUGUGGAUUACUUCCUUCGUUUGCCUUCUUGGACCAGUGGAUUCUAUUUUGAUACGUUUUGUGAAAAGUCAAAGACCGGGGCUCAAAUCACAGUCAACACUUUAGUAUACUUUUGUGUUUGUCUACCUGGCUCAAAUACUGUAUGUGUGUUUAUGUGUACAUACUGCAGAAGCAUGACUGGUGUAUGAGCGUGUGCGUUUCGAGGAUGUUUAUUUGUCUACAUGCUAAUGUAGAGGUAUAGUGUGUGUACAUGCAUAGCACUUGAAGUUGUGAGAAUACGUACAGUGGAGAAAAAAAGUAUUUAGUCAGUCACCAAUUGUGCAAGUGCUCCCACUUAAAAAGAUGAGAGAGGCCUGUAAUUUUCAUCAUAGGUACACGUCAACUAUGACAGACAAAUUGAGAAAAAAAAAUCCAGAAAAUCACAUUGUAGGAUUUUUAAUGAAUUUAUUUGCAAAUUAUGGUGGAAAAUAAGUAUUUGGUCACCUACAAACAAGCAAGAUUUCUGGCUCUCACAGACCUGUAACUUCUUCUUUAAGAGGGUCCUCUGUCCUCCACUCGUUACCUGUAUUAAUGGCACCUGUUUGAACUUGUUAUCAGUAUAAAAGACACCUGUCCACAACCUCAAACAGUCACACUCCAAACUCCACUAUGGCCAAGACCAAAGAGCUGUCAAAGGACACCAGAAACAAAAUUGUAGACCUGCACCAGGCUGGGAAGACUGAAUCUGCAAUAGGUAAGCAGCUUGGUUUGAAUAAAUCAACUGUGGGAGCAAUUAUUGGGAAAUGGAAGACAUACAAGACCACUGAUAAUCUCCCUCGAUCUGGGGCUCCACGCAAGAUCUCACCCCGUGGGGUCAAAAUGAUCACAAGAACGGUGAGCAAAAAUCCCAGAACCACACGGGGGGACCUAGUGAAUGACCUGCAGAGAGCUGGGACCAAAGUAACAAAGCCUACCAUCAGUAACACACUACGCCGCCAGGGACUCAAAUCCUGCAGUGCCAGACGUGUCCCCCUGCUUAAGCCAGUACAUGUCCAGGCCCAUCUGAAGUUUGCUAGAGUGCAUUUGGAUGAUCCAGAAGAGGAUUGGGAGAAUGUCAUAUGGUCAGAUGAAACCAAAAUAGAACUUUUUGGUAAAAACUCAACUUGUCGUGUUUGGAGGACAAAGAAUGCUGAGUUGCAUCCAAAGAACACCAUACCUACUGUGAAGCAUGGGGGUGGAAACAUCAUGCUUUGGGGCUGUUUUUCUGCAAAGGGACCAGGACGACUGAACCGUGUAAAGGAAAGAAUGAAUGGAGCCAUGUAUCGUGAGAUUUUGAGUGAAAACCUCCUUCCAUCAGCAAGGGCAUUGAAGAUGAAACGUGGCUGGGUCUUUCAGCAUGACAAUGAUCCCAAACACACCGCCCGGGCAACGAAGGAGUGGCUUCGUAAGAAGCAUUUCAAGGUCCUGGAGUGGCCUAGCCAGUCUCCAGAUCUCAACCCCAUAGAAAAUCUUUGGAGGGAGUUGAAAGUCCGUGUUGCCCUGCGACAGCCCCAAAACAUCACUGCUCUAGAGGAGAUCUGCAUGGAGGAAUGGGCCUAAAUACCAGUAACAGUGUGUGAAAACCUUGUGAAGACUUACUGAAAACGUUUUACCUGUGACAUUGCCAACAAAUGGUAUAUAACAAAGUAUUGAGAAACUUUUGUUAUUGACCAAAUACUUAUUUUCCACCAUAAUUUGCAAAUAAAUUCAUUAAAAAUUCUACAAUGUGAUUUUCUGGAUUUUUUUUCCUCAUUUUGUCUGUCAUAGUUGACGUGUACCUAUGAUGAAAAUUACAGGCCUCUCUCAUCUUUUUAAGUGGGAGAACUUGCACAAUUGGCGGCUGACUAAAUACUUUUUUCCCCCACUGUAUAUACCUGUGUACAUGCAUAGUACUUGAAGAUGUGAGUAUACAUACAUUACCAGUCAAAAGUUUGGACACACCUACUCAUUCAAGGGUUUUUCUUAAUUUUUUUACUGUUUUCUACAUUGUAGAAUAAUAGUGAAGACAUCAAAACUAUAAAAUAACACAUAUGGAAUCAUGUAGUAACCAAAAAAGUGUUAAACAAAUCAAAAUAUAUUUUAGAUUUUAGAUUCUUCAAAGUAGCCACCCUUUGCCUUGAUGACAGCUUUGCACACUCUUGGCAUUCUCUCAACCAGCUUCACCUGAAAUGCUUUUCCAACAGUCUUGAAGGAGUUCCCACAUAUGCUGAGCACUUGUUGGCUGCUUUUCCUUCACUCUGCGGUCCAACUCAUCCCAAACCAUCUCAACUGGGUUGAGAUCGGGUGAUUGUGGAGGCCAGGUCAUCUGAUGCAGCACUCCAUCACUCUCCUUCUUGGUCAAAUAGCCCUUACACAGCCUGGAGGUGUGUUGGGUCAUUGUCCUGUUGAAAAACAAAUGAUAGUCCCACUAAACGCAAACCAGAUGGGAUGGCAUAUCCCUGCAGAAUGCUGUGGUAGCAAUUCGGGUUAAGUGUGCCUUGAAUUCUAAAUAAAUCACAGACAGUGUCACCAGCAAAGCACCCACACACCAUCACACCUCCUCCUCCGUGCUUCACGGUGGGAACCGCACAUGUGGAGAUCAUCUGUUCACCUACUCUGCGUCUUACAAAGACACAGUGGUUGGAACCAAAAAUCUCAAAUUUGGACUCAUCAGACCAAAGGACAGAUUUCCACCGGUCUAAUGUCCAUUGCUCGUGUUUCCUUAUCGGUGUCCUUUAGUAGUGGUUUCUUUGCAGCAAUUUGACCAUGAAGGCCUGAUUCACGCAGUCUCCUCUGAACAGUUGAUGUUGAGAUGUGUCUGUUACUUGAACUCUGUGAAGCAUUUAUUUGGGCUGCAAUCUGAGGUGCAGUUAACUCUAAUGAAUGUAUCCUCUGCAGCAGAGGUAACUCUGGGUCUUCCUUUCCUGUGGCGGUCCUCAUGAGAGCCAGUUUCAUCAUAGCGAUUGAUGGUUUUUGCGACUGCACUUGAAUAAUUUUUUUUCAAGUUCUUGACAUUUUCCGGAUUGACUGACCUUCAUGUCUUAAAGUAAUGAUGGACUGUCGUUUCUCUUCGCUUAUUUGAGAGGUUCUUGCCAUAAUAUAGACUUGGUCUUUUACUAAAUAGGGCUAAUUUCUGUAUACCACCCCUACCUUGUCACAACACAACUGAUUGGCUCAAACGCAUUAAGGAGGAAAGAAAUUCCACAAAUUAACUUUAAAGAAGGCACACCUGUUAAUUGAAAUGCAUUCCAGGUGACUACCUCAUGAAGCUGGUUGAGAGAAUGCCUAGAGUGCGCAAAGCUGUCAUCAAGGCAAAGGGUAGCUACUUUGAAGAAUCUCAAAUAUAAAAUAACAAUUGUUUAACACUUUUUUGGUUACUACAUGAUUCCAUGUGUUAUUUCAUAGUUUUGAUGUCUUCACUAUUAUUCUACAAUGUAGAAAAUAGUAAAAAAAUUAAGAAAAACCCUUAAAUGAGUAGGUGUGUCCAAACUUUUGACUGGUACUGUAUAUCCCUGUGUACAUGCAUAGUACUUGAAGUUGUGAGUAUACGUAUAUAUCUGUGCACAUGCGUAAGUGUGGGUAUAUGCGGGCAUUGUUAUGUAAUAUGUAUGUAGAACAUGUGUGUGUGCGUGUGAAGUGAGAAGUGAGAAGUGAGAACAUGCAGAGAGCCUCUCAGUGGUAAUCUGCUCAGGUAUCCUGCUGUCAGGAGCUUAGAGGAGCAAGGGGAUUGGCCGAAAGCAGCCGGGAGAGGUUAAGACCAGAGAAAGGCUCUCAAGGUCAGGAAGGCUAUCUGACCUGCCUCUAAGGAGUUGAAGGGUGGAAAAAAUUGUAAAAUUAGAAAAAGGGUGCAUGUCAGGGUUGUCCACUCAGCCCAUUCUCAUUUCUGGAUAAUUUAUUUCAACAUUUCAGUCAUUUAUUUUAUGUCCGGUAUAGCUUCAUUGCUCACUAGGAGGCUAAGCCCAUUUCCGGUUCACUCCAGGCCAAAUUGAAGGGGCUGUCAAUAUUACAUUUUACAUUUUAGUCAUUUAGCAGGCGCUCUUAUCCAGAGCAACUUACAGUUAGUGAGUGCAUACAUUUUCACACUGGCCCCCCGUGGGAAACGAACCCACAACCCUGGCGUUGCAAGCGCCAUGCUCUACCAACUGAGCUACAGGGGACUAUUACAAUACAUACAAUAUUGAUACUGAUUCACAGAGGAUACUCCAAACAAAUGAUAUGUUCCUACCCAUGUACAGGGCCAUAUUCUUAUUGUCCGAGAUAAGAUUUAGCGUUAAAUAACAGGUACAUGAAAUGUAAGACGUUAAUAUCAUGUGCAUAGAGGAAAAGGUGCAUGGGACAUGGAUGCCCAGGGUAACAUUCAUCAUCAAUCUCAGGGUCUUCCUUCCCAGUUCUGGAGAGCCCUGAUUGAACUGAUCAUCAAUACUUUUGAUUAUCUGAACCAGGUGUUACAGUGAGGGAAAAAAGUAUUUGAUCCCCUGCUGAUUGUUUUACAUUUGCCCACUGACAAAGACAUGAUCAGUCUAUCAUUUUAAUAGUAGGUUUAUUUGAACAGUGAGAGACAGAAUAACAACAAAACAAUCCAGAAAAACGCAUGUCAAAAAUGUUAUGAAUUGAUUUGCAUUUUAAUGAGGGAAAUAAGUAUUUGACCCCUCUGCAAAACAUGACUUAGUACUUGGUGGCAAAACCCUUGUUGGCAAUCAGAGGUCAGACGUUUCUUGUAGUUGGCCACCAGGUUUGCACAUAUCUCAGGAGGGAUUUUGUCCCACUCCUCUUUGCAGAUCUUCUCCAAGUCAUUAAGGUUUCGAGGCUGACGUUUGGCAACUCGAACCUUCAGCUCCCUCCACAGAUUUUCUAUGGGAUUAAGGUCUGGAGACUGGCUAGGCCACUCCAGGACCUUAAUGUGCUUCUUCUUGAGCCACUCCUUUGUUGCCUUGGCCGUGUGUUUUGGGUCAUUGUCAUGCUGGAAUACCCAUCCACGACCCAUUUUCAAUGCCCUGGCUGAGGGAAGGAGUUUCUCACCCAAGAUUUGACGGUACAUGGCCCUGUCCAUCGUCCCUUUGAUGCGGUGAAGUUGUCCUGUCCCCUUAGCAGAAAAACACCCCCAAAGCAUAAUGUUUCCACCUCCAUGUUUGACAGUGGGGAUGGUGUUCUUGGGGUCAUAGGCAGCAUUCCUCCUCCUCCAAACACGGCGAGUUGAGUUGAUGCCAAAGAGCUCCAUUUAGGUCUCAUCUGACCACAACACUUUCACCCAGUUCUCCUCUGAAUCAUCAUUGGCAAACUUCAGUGGGGCCUGUAUAUGUGCUUUCUUGAGCAGGGGGACCUUGCGGGCGCUGCAGGAUUUCAGUCCUUCACGGCGUAGUGUGUUACCAAUUGUUUUCUUGGUGACUAUGGUCCCAGCUGCCUUGAGAUCAUUGACAAGAUCCUCCCGUGUAGUUCUGGGCUGAUUCCUCACCGUUCUCAUGAUCAUUGCAACUCCACGAGGUGAGAUCUUGCAUGGAGCCCCAGGCCGAGGGAGAUUGACAGGUCUUUUGUGUUUCUUCCAUUUGCGAAUAAUCGCACCAACUGUUGUCACCUUCUCACCAAGCUGCUUGGCGAUGGUCUUGUAGCCCAUUCCAGCCUUGUGUAGGUCUACAGUCUUGUCCCUGACAUCCUUGGAGAACUCUUUGGUCUUGGCCAUGUUGGAGAGUUUGGAAUCUGAUUGAUUGAUUGCUUCUGUGGACAGGUGUAUUUUAUACAGGUAACAAACUGAGAUUAGGAGCACCUGGGAGCCAGAAAUCUUUCUGAUUGAGAGGGGGUCAAAUACUUAUUUCCCUCAUUACAAUGCAAAUCAAUUUAUAACAUUUUUGACAUGCGUUUUUCUGGAAUUUUUUGUUGUUAUUCUGUCUCUCACUGUUCAAAUAAACCUACCAUUAAAAUUAUAGACUGAUCAUUUCUUUGUCAGUGGGCAAACGUACAAAAUCAGCUGGGGAUCAAAUACUUUUUUCCCUCACUGUAUAGUACUGGGCUGGGAGGAAACAGAACACACGGCGUGGCUCUCCCAGGUCCCGAAGAGAAGAAUGGUGUUCUAUCUUAUCACAAUCCUCCAUUAUACUGUAAUUACCCAGUCAGUGAGACUAUCAUCAUUAUCGUAAUUAGUGCUUUGAGCAUAAUGCAUGAAAAAUGUCUUAAUUGUGUACCACAGAAUCUUAAUUGUUUUGGUUCCAAACUUCUGAAAAAAAAAAUGAAUGCCCUAAAUUCCUUCAUGGGCAGAGAGAGGUGUGAUCUUGUCUGUGCAACCAAGUCCUACUUCGGGACCUUUUUUUUCUUUACCACGGUACCUUUCACCUCAACGGGAGACUACGGACUAAGUCUACACGUUUUUAUACUCCGCCUGCUCUCUAAAGGGAUUUGCCAUUCAGCUAAAACCCACCAGAAGCCCCACUGUAAUCCUCUGAGUUCCUACAAACACACAGCAAGCUCCAUGCACCUUUAAAACUGAAAUGAGAUGUGACAACCUGCCUUCUGGCGAGCCAGCAAGUGUUCUUCCAUGAGUGGGCCACAGCAUGAGGUGAGGGAGAGUGAGGUUAAACAGCUUCUCUUUACCCUCCAUCUUUCUUACCCCAUUACCACCUUUACCCUCAAUCUUUCUUACCCCCAUUCCUGCUACCACCCUAUCCCAGCAUCCCUCACUCUGACAGGAGAGUUGGAGGAGGAGGUCAGGGGAGGUCGCUGGCCCUCCCUAAGCCCCCUGCAUAACUUUUAGGCUGCCAUGGCAACCCUACUUUGCUGGACACUUUUGGGGGGAGUUUUUGGGGGAGUCAUGGGUUGGCCAGUCCCUUUCCCGGACUCGGGGUUGGGCACACACACACAUGCACGUGCAAUAAAGGAAUUCCUGGCUGCUUUCCGGUAUCCAAGGGUCGCCGGUGGCAGGUGUGUGAGUGUGUAUGAAUGAGUGUGUGGCUGUUCGAGACAGUUGAAUGAAUGAAAAACACAAUAGCCCACAGAGACCCCAGGAAGCACCCUGAGGCUUCUCUUUGAGUCUCGUUAGAACCUUUUAGACGCUGUUCAGCAUACUGCCUGCAGACGCCGAGCUUGCUUGCUAUUGAGCUAUCUUCUUUUGUAGAUGUCUCUCUGCUUCAGAUCAAGCAGUAAGCUCCGGCUGUUGUGACAGAGCGUUCAACUAGCUGACAAGCUGAUCAAGGGAUUUCUCUUGGCCUGAAAGUAACACUCUGACUUUGAUUAGAUGACCUCACAAUGGGAGACUUUAUCAUGGAUUUCAUCACAUUGAGGUUCCAUUGUCAAAUGAGGUUUGUAUUUCAGAAAACAUACUAUGGAUAACCUGUUCCCCUAUGUUAUGGUGUCUAAGUUAUGGAUUCCCAUACUGCUAGGUUGGGGAACAGAACUUUCAAUAAUUACAGGCAGAACUUGGGGAAAAGAACUUGCCCCAAUCACAGACAAAAACUAUUUCCAAAGUGAAUACAUCACCACUCUGAUGUUUUUACAAACAGCCUCUAGCUGCAUUUACACAGGCAGCCCAAUUCUGAUAUUUUUUGCCACUAAUUGGUCUUUUGACCAAUCAGAUCAGAUCUUUUGCCAAUAAUCGGGCAAUUCAUCAGAAUUGGUCUGCCUGUGUAAGCGCAGCCUUAGUUGUCAGUCCAUGCCAAACAAUCUCUCUUAGUAUCAUGGCCACCCUAACCUAACAUAGCAGCCGUUUCUUUCUUUCUGGUCCUGUCGGUGGAGGUUCUUUUCUGCACUGUUCAACCAAUCCAGUAAAUGUGGAGGAGGAGUUAAGAUGGCGUGUCGCCUUGUUAAUGUCCAAAAGCGGAAUUCGCGUCACAGGCUCUCUUUCCAUUUCCCCUGAAAACUGGAUGCAUCCGGUUGUUUCUGGAAGCCGCUGAGGGUGGGGCCACCCUAACUGAUACACAGGGUGCACCUAGAUAUACCUAGACUGAUGGACAUUUUGGCAAAGCCAUCAUGGUGACUUAGUUUCAGUAGGGUGAGUCUAAGGCAUGGCGGUCAUAUUCCAAAGUGACUCUUUCCACGCCACGUGUUCACCUGCUCCAUGUGUUUCUGAAUGGCUGCCUCUAAUACCUUGUUUUCAAUACAGUUGAAGAAAUUCCACUGAAUAAGAACUGACAGGCACUAACUAACUAACUGCCUUAAUUUGAUUCCUGAAAAACUGGAAGAAUUUAUCCCCAUUUCUCUUUUCUUUGGUUAAUCACGAGUGUUGCACCGUGGGUGUUCCCUGAACGCCUUCGUUUGGCUCAGAUGGGGGUGGUGACGGGGUCAGAGGUGUGAGCCGGAGAUGGCGUCGUCGCAGACGGACGCUGGGAUCACACAAGUGGUCAGGGAGUUGAUGCCAACUCCAAAUGAGGGGCCCUGUGGUAAUGCAGGGAACAGGAACUGUGUUCAUAAAGUGUCCCAGAGUAGGAGUGCUGAUCAGGUCCUCCCUGUCCCAUAUGAUCUAAAAGAUGGGCAAAACUGAUCCUAGAUCAGCGCUCCUACUCUGAGAUGCCCAGGGCUCUCUCUGUGUCUGACACUCUCCAUCAGUCAGCGGUGACAGGUCCAGGGGUGUUAAGAGCUUAUGUCCAAGGCCAUCUGUCAGAUGCAGCUAUAAGAGGACCAACGGUGGAAAGCGUUUCCAACUGUGCUCCUAGCCAAACAUUGUUGGAUUGGUCUACCUAUGUCUCUACAUGUCUCUGUCCCAAAGGAAAACCUGGCCAACAUCACUAAUGUUGUGUGUGAGACGAGGUCAAUCUCUUGGACCAUGCGCCACACUUACCACCGUGGUCUUGCAACAUUCCUCCCCCUCUCACCCUACCCCCACCCUCCCUCCCUCCCUCCCUCACCCUACCCCCACCCUCCCUCCCACCCUCACCCUACCCCCACCCUCCCUCCCUCACCCUACCCCUCCCUCCCAUCCCUCCCUCACCCUACCCCCACCCCUCCCCCCUCCCUCCCUCAACCCUACCCCCACCCUCACUCCCUUCCCAUCCCUCCCUCCCAACCCCUACGCCCGACCCUCCCGCCCUCCCCUCCCUCCUCACUCAACCCUACCACCCACCCUCGCCUCACCCUAAGCCCCCCGACCCUCCUCCCUCCCUCCACUCCCGUCAACCUACCCCCACCCGCUCCUCCCCCCUCCCCACCCUAGCCCCAGCCCGCCCUUCCCUCCUCUCCCGCACAACCCUACCCACCAUCCCCAUCCUCUCUGCCCUCACCCUACCACCCACCCUGCCCUCACCUCCCUCACCCUCCACCCUCCCUGCCUCCCCCCCUCACCCUACCCCCAUCCCUCUCUCCCUCACCCUACCCCCAUCCCUCGCUCUCUCUACUCCCUUCAUCGUUAAUAUCUUCCGCUCCAAUGAGAAUUUGGGAACAGAACACUGAUCAAAGUGUGGGGGAUGGAUGUGAGGGUGGAUGUGGGAUGGUGGGGUGGUGGGGGGAGUUAGUUUGGGAUGGUGGGGUGGACAGUGGAGGUGGGGGAUGGGGGUCUGUUCAAUCUGUGGAAUGUGGACUGAUUCCACACUGGGCUCACACGAUUGGCCGGUUGCAGGGAGAUAAUGGAUGGACAGAAAAUCACCCCUCCUUCUCCCAAAAGCGUCCUGUUCGAUUCAGUUCACAGGAGAUUGGUGGCACCUUAAUUGGGGAGGGCGGGCUAGUUGUAAUGGCUGGAGCGGAAUGGGGGGAAUGGUAUCGUGGUCCUCUGUAGCUCAAUUGGUAGAGCAUGGCGCUUGUAACGCCAGGGUAGUGGGUUCGAUCCCCAAGACCACCCAUACGUAAAAAUGUAUGCGCACAUGACUGUAAGUCGCUUUGGAUAAAAGCGUCUGCUAAAUGGCAUAUUAUAUUAUAUAUUAUUAUCGAAUACAUUAGACACCAGCCAUUAUUAUAAUCCGUCCUCCCCUCAGCGGCCUCCUGUGGUUCAGCUCCAUGUACAUACAGAGGGCACCAAAAGCCCCAGCCAGUAGAGAGGUCUGGCUAGAGAGGGCUCGAGCGCAAUACAUUAAUUGUUUCAGAUUGUUUUUACCCCGUUGUCUAUGGAAAACAUAACCAACUCACAUUUUAUGACCGUCAAGUUACUCACUGCCAUAGUUGAGUUUUGAUAGUGAUUGUGAUCAUAAAAGUAUCUUUAUACUGUAUGUAUCCAAUGUGGUAAUUACAUGAUCAGUGAAACGGUCAAUGACAUGUGCCUCAUAACAAACUGCAUGUGUAAAUGAACAUAAUUUACUGUGUAGUAAACAUGGAUUAGAAUAUGUGUCAUGUGAUUAGAAUAAAUUGAGUCAGAGCUCCCUGACACACUUCCUGAGAGGAAAUGUGACCGCUGAAGUGUUAAACGAGCGAGAGGUGCUAUGGGAUCAGGUUUUGCCAAGCUACUGACCUGGAGAAGUUAACCUUGCGUACUAACUCGUAGUUAUCCACCCCAUAAACCCCACCUGUCGAGUGGACACUUGAUAGCCUGCAGACCAUGCAUCUGAUCUGCAUCUUAUCUGCUCUACCUUCAAGGGUUCAUGGCUGGAAUUCCAUCCAGACGCCUCUCCCCUCCCUGGAAUCCCCACUGCAUGCCUUUGCCCAGAGCAUUGGUCUCUCCUAAAAAGUUCCUCAGGGAAACUUUUGUUUUAGCUUUAGCAUAACAAUGACUAAACAAACAAGGCAAACGUUAGCUAGAUGGCACUCUCUCCCUCUUUUUUUUCUCGUUGCUUAGUUAAGAGUCCUCUGGAUACUAGGCCUACAAGAUACGAGGGAAAAUAUUUUCUGACUUUGUUGUGGGGUUUUUUGUUUUAUUGAUGUGUUGUGGUCUAGGGGUGGUCAUCAUUCCCUUUGGGACCGACAGGAAAGAUUAGGGCUUGAGUCAACCCAGAUGCCCAUUGUUAACAAUCUGUCAAUGAGCACUAAACUAGCUGCGUAAAACAAAGCCAACGGAAAAAUACUUUGUAGUGCACAGAGGGUUUCUUAGCUUUAGUUGGGGAUUUAGCACUGGGCGUCUCACUGCGAAAGGGGCCAUGAACUCUAGAGUUGCUCCAGGACUCUCCUACACAAUUUGUCCUUUCAAAUUAAGGGAGGAGAAGAUGAAAGGAAAUGUCAGGGUGAAUACACAUAUCAGGAUUAGCACAGAGGGACCUACUAACUAACUUUGGCCAUGGUUCACUAAGUUGGCACUGGUAUUUGUCCACCAUCUAACCAGGGUGUUAAUAUUAGUGACACUCGAAUGCUAAAUAGUAACACAUUAUAAGUGUUUAUGAGAUGUUGUUGCCAAAUUAUUGUACUAUGUUAUGUGCUUCUUGAUAAAGUACAAACAUCUAGCAGAGGAAGCCUUUUGCAUCACUAAGUUUGAUUGUGUUCUUGUUCAUAGCAGCACUGGGGUGAAAGAGGUUUCACACUUGCUGAACAGCCCCAAAGAAACACAAACAAAAUACCUCCAACUAUGAACUUCUAGCUAAAGUAAUGCAGUAGACUAUCAAUGUUUACAACUUCAUUACAACGUUUUUGUGUCAGAACCAAAUAGCCUACAAAUCUGGACCAAAGCUGGUUGUGAAUCGGCUUAGAGUGGCACUCAACAAAACAACAUUGUGCAAGCACAGGGCUCACACGGUGUGGAUAUCUGGGAGACAUUCAGAAGUGUACCGGCGUCCCCCACAUAUGAUGAUGUCAUAAAAUGUCCAUUAAAAUCACACUAAACGACAACCCACUUUUCCCUCCAAAAAUGUAAAGGACUCUCUUGUGUGAACACACCAAGUGUGACGUGAUAAAUACACUAAGUUGUGAUGACUGGUCAGGGCAUCUUGACUGUAUUAGGGUAAACUGUCCAUUUUGCACAACAAUAAGCAUCUCCUCUUCUUCUCCUCAGGGAUAUUCUGCACGGCGACCAGUGACAAGUGCUUGUCCGGGCCCUGCCAGAAUGGCGCCACCUGCGUGGACACCAUGGAUGACUAUGCAUGCCUCUGCCCCCCUCGCGACGAGGUCCGCUACAUGGGCAAAGACUGCGACGAACUCUACGAUGCCUGCUCCUUCGCCCCCUGCUCGGACUGCACCAGCACCCCUGGCACGUCCGAGUAUCACUGUGUCUGCCCCGAAGGAUUUACUGGGGACAACUGCACUGAGGAAGUGGACGAGUGCCAUAGCAACCCUUGCUCUGAGCCCCACACAGAGUGCAUCGACCAGGUCAACAGCUACUUCUGCCGAUGUCCACCCGGCUACGGAGGAGAGGACUGUGAAGAGCGAGUGACCGACUGCAUCGAUGAGCCGUGUCUGAACAAUGGGACUUGUAUACUGUUACAGGAGGGGUUCGAGUGCCACUGUGCGCUGGGGUUCGACGGGGAGCAUUGUGAAGAGGACGUGGACGAGUGUGCGUCACAUCCUUGCCAGAACGGCGCUAUCUGCAUGGACGGCGUGGCCGAGUUUCACUGUUUCUGUGUGCCAGGCUUCCAGGGCUACAACUGUGAGAUCGAUAUCAAUGAGUGCGCCUCGCGGCCCUGCGAGAAUAACGGAACCUGCAUCAAUGAGAAGGACCGGUACGAAUGCCAGUGCCUCGUAGGGUUCACAGGUAAGUUGUUCCGCCUUUUAAUCGCUCACUCCUCUGCCCACAGAGUGUUGUGUUUGUACUCAGUUAGUCUCCAAUUAAGUGUAAUUUUCCCACCAUUUUCGUAACCCUGUAUCAGCCACAACUCACUGUCUAUCACCUAAUAUCUCCUCCAGUGUGGAGGGAGAUCUGGUGCUUUGCUUUUCAAUGUUUCUGGACACAAUGUAUCAGCAAGAUUUAGUUAUCUCAUAUCAGUACUUCUUUCACCAUGCCAGAAUGUUUUCACAUUAAAGCUGACAUCAUCAUACACAACAGGAUGAUUUCCUAUUAACCAAUGAGGGCGUGCGUGCCACAAAGAACGAUUCAAAUUGUGCAGAGCCAAUAAUGAGGCUUGGCAGAGAUGAAUAUAUAUGUUAAUCAAAUCAAAUCAAAUCACAUUUUAUUGGCCACAUGCGCCGAAUACGACAGGUGCAGACAUUACAGUGAAAUGCUUACUUACAGCCCUUAACCAACAGUGCAUUUAUUUUUAAUAAAAAAGUAGAAUAAAACAAAAAAGUGUUGAGAAAAAAAAGAGCAGAAGUAAAAUAAAAUAACAGUAGGGAGGCUAUAUAUACAGGGGGGUAUCUUGUCUUGUUGUUGUCAUCUUACUAACUGCACCUUUACGUGUACGUUUGGUUCUUGAUAAACAGAGAACUAGAAGCAUUUUAAGUAAAGAGAGUAAGUCUUAUCUUCAGCUUGGCCCCUGUGGAUAUUGGCCCCUGUGGAUAGGUCUCCCGCUGAGUGAGAGAAAACACUCCACUACUUGUACACCAUUUCGUACACUUCAUUUCUUACACUCCUUUCUUUUCUCAGCAGGCCUGGUCUGUGUCUAAGGGCUUAAUGCUUAUCUCUAAUGGGGUGCGAAGAGUCAGCAGUAAUGCAUUCCUUUGUCAGCAUAUCAGUGACCAUGGAGAUUUUCAAGGAAAGGGUUCAGACGGGCAACUGAGGCAUUUUUACAUUAUCACCUGAGCUAUCUAGAGGCAUCAACAAGCAGACUCCAUGCUACUGCCUAUUUAUAGUUAGAGAAACAAACACCUGAGUCCAGAUUGGCUGCUCUUGCAUUUACUGUCCACUAUUUAUUUAGCUGAUGUUUCUUUCUUUCAGUAUUGUCAUAAGAGCAAAGAUGAUCUAUGGACACGUUGACUUGAUGUAGACGAGAUACAAUGGUGAAGUCUGUGGAAGAUAUGUCCCCUCCUAGUACUUAAUGUACAGUUCCUCAGUCACUCCCACUCGGAGAUGGUUUGUUUCUCAUUCAGCACAUUCUCUGACUCUAUCACUCCUUUUUCUCUACCUCUCACAGGAGUGAACUGUGAGGUGGAGAUAGACGAGUGCGAGUCCAACCCUUGCCGCAACGGAGCCACCUGCCAUGACCUCCUUGGUCUGUACUCCUGCGAGUGUCUGCCUGGGUUCGAGGGCACCGACUGCGAGGUGGACAUUGACGAGUGUGCCAGCGAGCCCUGUCUAAAUGGAGCCAUCUGCCAGGACAAGGUGGACAGGUAACUACCCAAGGCUUUUAGGAUUGACACAACUCCUGUCCUUAAAUGACUUUGGGGCCUGACUGCCGUUUUGGUGAGCUUAAGCCCCUCACAUUGAGACAGGGUGUUAUUUGUAUUUAUUAAAGAUCCCAAUUAGUUCCUGCCAAGGCAGCAGCUACUCUUCCUGGGGUCCAGCAACAUUAAGGCAGUUAUAUACAAUUUAAAAUAUUACAUGACAUUACAUUUCAUAACACUUUUCACAACACAUUGUGUUCCCUCAGGCCACUACUCUACUACCACAUAUCUACAAUACAAAAUCCAUGUGUACGUGUGUGUAGAGUGUGUCUUAUCAUGUGUAUGUGUAAGCGUUAUCUCAAUCAUCCAUCUGUUACAUUUUUGCAUUUAUUUAUAUUCGGCCAAUAUGCUUUGUUGAAUGUCAACGUAGCGAUUGCAACUGACCCAGACUUCCUUUCCUACAGCUAUGAGUGUGACUGUGAGGACACAGGCUUCCUGGGUGACCACUGUGAGGAGGACAUCCCUGAGUGUGCGUCUGACCCGUGUCAGCACGGCGCCACCUGCCUGGAGGGAGUCAAAGAGUACACCUGUCUCUGCUGGCCUGGUAUGUGCACCUUACCAUUACCCACCACAUUUGCAGAAAUGUAGUCAAAAAGGGUUAAAAAGACAAACACAAAACUGAUACGGUGCUGCAGUUGUCCAUGUCUUGAGUAGGUACAGUUGUUCAUGCUGUCAGACGAUUGGUGAGUGAAAGAGGGUGGUGUCAUAAUGGUCUAAUAGCAGUACAGUUUGUUUAGGCUUUGAGUGUACAGAAAUACAGUGUAUUUACAUUUCAUUGGUUCUCCUAGGUUAUGAGGGGGAGAACUGUGAGAUUGACAUUGAUGAGUGUGCUGAGCAGCCAUGUGAGAACGACGGCGAGUGUUUCGAGCGUUCCGACACAUCCCACUGGGAGAUGGACUGGGAAUUCAGGUUCGCCGACGCUGCCGGAUACCUGUGCCAGUGUCAACCCGGCUUCGCAGGUGAGACGCAGUCUAAUGAAAGGAGAGGGUUUUACCAACAUUCAACUUUGCACAGGAGCAAAUUUAAGGUUUGUUACUUUUGGAAUUGUUUUGGCCGUUUCUCACUGACAAAUAAUAAGGUUGUUGGUGUUGUUCCUUUGUCCCUUGCCAGGAGAGAACUGUUCCGUGAACAUUGAUGAGUGUGAGUCUGAGCCCUGCCAGAAUAGAGGCUCUUGUGAGGAUCAGGUGAAUGGCUACACCUGUUUGUGUCCGGAGGGAUUUAUGGGUAAGGUGUUCAACAAACUCUGUAUACUUCUGUACGUCAUUACAGCAGGACAGUAUUAUCGACACUGAGUAUACAAAACAUUAAGAACACCUGCUCUUUCCAUGACAUAGACUGACCAGGAGAGUCCAGGAGAAGAUCCCUUAUUGAUGUCACUUGUUAAAUCCACUUCAAUCAGUGUAGAUGAAGGGGAGGAGACAGGUUAAAGAAGGAUUUUUAAGCCUUGAGAAAAUUGAGAAAUGGAUUGUGUAUGUGUGCCAUUCAGAGGGUGAAUGGACAAGACAAAAGAUUGAAGUGCCUUUGAACGGGGAAUGGUAGUAGGUGCCAGGCGCACCGGUUUUUGUGAACAACUGCAAUGCUGCUGGGUUUUUCACGGUGAACAGUUUCCCGUGUGUAUCAAGAAUGGUCCACCACCCAAAGGACAUCCAGCCAACUUGACACAACUGUGGGAAGCAUUGGAGUUAACAUGAGCCAGCAUCCCUAUGGAAUGCUUUCAACACCUUGUAGAGUCCAUGCCCCGACGAAUUGAGGCUGUUCUGAGGGCAAAAGAGGGGGGCUCAAUAUAAGGAAGGUGUUCUUAAUGUUUUGUACACUCAGUGUAUAUCUUUGUGCUGUUUUUAUCUUAUCAGAAGAAUGGACUGAUCUGUAGAUUAAAUUCUAGGUAGAUUAAUCUUCAAAAGUCUGACUGAAGUAGUGCAUUGCAUUCGCAGGGGAAAUUUGUGAAAUCAACAUUGAUGAGUGCGAGAGCCAGCCGUGUCUGAACGGUGCCUGGUGCGAAGACGGCGUGGCCAGCUACACCUGCCACUGCCCCGAGGCUGAGCCUGACAAGCUACCCUGGGGUGGCCACCACUGCGACACCCAGCUCCUGGGCUGCGUGGACCAAGAAUGCCAGAACGGCGCCACCUGCCACCCGUGGCUGGAAGAGGAAGAGCAUGGCCACACAUGCCUCUGCCCCCACGGCUUCUACGGCGAGCUCUGCUCCACCCCCACCACCUUCUCAUUCUCCAGUCCGGGCUUCGUCCUCAUCAUGGUCACCCUGGAAGUGGAAGAGAGGAGGAGACGGAGGCAUGCCGAGCACCACCACCACGGGAAGGGAGUCCGGCUGCGCUUUCGCACCACCUUGCCCGAUAUGGUGCUCUUCUAUCGUGGCGAUGCCGACAGCCACCUCCUGCUGGAGAUUGUGGGUGGAGGUCUUCGUGCCAAGGCCUUCUCGGAGGACGCCGAGCUGGAGGUUGUGUUCUCCGGGCUGGUCAGCGACGGAGACUGGCGCGACGCUGACGUGUACGUGAACGAAGAGGAAGGGCUGGUUUUUAACCUGAAAGGUCCAGGAUGCGACAGCGAAGGGUGCACGGUGAAGGAUGGUGGUCCCAACGGGCCACACUUCGUUCCCUCUGAGGCGUUCGGUCACGUCUACGUGGGCGGUGCCCCCGGAGAGUUGCUGGAGAACACGAAGAGUGGCCACGGGUUUGUGGGGUGUGUGGAGGACCUGCUGAUCGACUUCAAGGCCAUCCUGCCCCACAACCUUCCAGAGGAGCAUGCACAUGAGAUGGAGCUAGGCUGUAGCAAGACAGAGUGGUGCGAACCUGACCCCUGCUCCGGUCAAGGCCACUGUGUGGACCUGUGGAUCAGCCACCGCUGCGAUUGCUACCGGCCCUACCACGGUCACAGCUGCGCCGAUGGUAAGCAACAUUUACCUUCCAACAAUGUAUCUGCUAAUAUAGUCUUCUGAGAAAGACAUCAUUCACUUAGAAAAUUCCAUCCAGACCAUUUUCUAAUUAAUCUCAUUUGCAAUUCCAAGAGCUCUAGCUCACUUCAUCAAAGUCAUUUUUCAAAGAUAUUUGUCUUCACUUUUUGAUGAGUAAUUUGCCAUAAGGUUUGGUUCCACUUUAUUUGGAUAGCCCAGAUAGUCCAUCGGUAGAUGCUUUACAGAUGGUCAUACUAUCAACAAACUAUCUGUUGAUAACCAACUGCUUGCUAAGGUUAAGGUUAGGGUUAGGGCUAGGGUUAGUAGAUAGUUAGUUGAAAUGUUACUGAUAGUCUGUAGAGCAACUACAGAUGGACUAUCCAAAUAAAGUGUUACCUAAUGUUCUUCUAUGGCCAGGACAGGUACACAUGGUUGCUUCCUCUGGUUCAAGUUUGUAUUUAUUUCAUUUUAUCUGUUCUGACAGAGUUCCCCUCCUGGACGUACAGUCAUGAGGAAACUGGGAGCUACAGCGCUUAUGACAUCGGCACUGAUCACGGCGCCAACUUCAGCGUCUCCUUUUUCCUGCGGUCUCUGAAGCCCGACGGCCUGCUCUUCCAGCUGAGGCGACCCGGAGAAGAGGGCGAGGCCUAUUUUAAUGUUUACCUGGGCAUGGGGAGAGUCCUGGUCAGCUCCGUCCCUGAAAGCCACCCACUGACGGCACCCAUUGUCGUGACCACGGGAAAGAAGCAACUUCUACAUGUCGAGGUUCAGUCUGGGCGGGUGUUCUUCCAGCACGCCGGCCUGCGCUACGGAAUAGGUGAGGUUCCCGAGGUAGAGGUGCACAGUGGGGACCUGGCCUACGUAGGGGGUCUCCCUGGGGUGGGGGAGAACUCUGAGGCCUGGGGGGGACACUUCAAGGGCUGCCUGCAGGACCUGCGUCUGGACGGAGCGCAUCUGGACGUGGAUGCAUGGAACAGCACGCUAAAUAACUCAGAGGGAGAGGUCUACUUCCCCGCCGAUGCUGAGAAUGUAGAGCCGGGCUGUAUUAGCGACAACACCUGCCAGGUAGGACUGACUACACUAAUACCCCUAUUGUAAUAAUAUUGUAUUAACCGGAAGCGUGUCAUGGUAUAAGACACAACAUGAUUAUCAACAUUAGAAGGAAAUACUACAGACAUGAGGGGUAGGCUGUAAAUGUGACAUGUCAACUGUAUCAAAAUUCAGAUUAACUUGAAAUAGAAAGACAUGGUCAGUAAUGAAUGAGGACAACUCAGUUGCUUGUGACUGGAUUAAAAUGGACUAAAUGAUGUUUUAAUGUUCACUGAAUGUUGUUUUGGUCUCAAGCCGAAGCCAUGCCAGAAUGGAGGAGACUGCACCAUCACCUGGAACGGCUUUGUAUGUUCGUGUCCCGUGGCUUUCACCGGAAAGACCUGUGAGACGCGUGUGUGGUGUGUCAGCGACCCGUGUGUCAAUGGUGGACAUUGUGUGGACCUGACUGAUGGAUAUGAAUGUGAGGAAAUAUUUAACUAAUUCUCAGCUUGAAGAACAUCACUGAAGUCUGGCAAAACUGCUUAGUGUUUCUUCACCAUUGCUUUCUUGCAAAAGCAUUGCAAUUUUAAUUUAUUUUAGUGUAUAGCUGUCUUUGCAUGAAAGAGAAAAAUCCCGCACACACAAAAUGCAUACUAGAUAGCUUUAAUAAAACAAAAUAGUGGUGUUUUUGUCUGAAGUCUUACCCACUUGUUAACCCUCAGGUGUGACCAACGCUACCUUCGAGAACAACCCGGUGCAGUACAGUGCAAAGGGUUCCCUGGGCUCGCCUCUGACCCACGUGUACCUGGAGCUCCGUACCCGCUCAGAGAACGCCGUGCUGCUCCGAGCCUCCCACGGGGCCGAGCUCCUACUGGUGGGACUGCUGGACUCCUCUAUCCGCGUCGAGAUCCACGGCGGCAACAGUGUGGAGGUGCUGACCUUCUCCGGCGUGCGACGCGUGGCUGACGGCGGUUGGCACCGCGUGAGCAUUGCCAUGGCCGACCCGGACAGCGAGGCGUCACACUGGGUCAUCACCGUGGAUGGCAUCACCGACGCCAGCAGCACCCCUGAGGAGGCAGGUGCCCUGCACUUCCUCAACGAGGAAGGGGCGGAGGUUGCUAUCGCCGAGAGCUUCACAGGCUGCCUGGGCGCCGUAAGGGUCAACGGGGUCUAUCUACCAUUUGUGGACGACCAACACCCGCCACAGCCUGCCCACUUCCACAGAACGGGCGACGAGGAGAUCCACAUGGGCUGUACGAGUGCAGACGUAUGCCAUUCGGACCCGUGCCAGAACGGCGCCAUGUGCAAGGAUCUCUUUAACAAGUUUGGCUGCGUUUGCGAGCCAGGUUGGGAGGGAGAGAAGUGCGAGGUGGACGGGGACGAGUGCGCUUCCGGGCCCUGCGUCCACGGCACCUGCAUGGAUGAGUUGGCAGGUUUCGAGUGCGUGUGCGACCCGGGGUACGGGGGCGUUUCUUGCGAUGAGGACCUGAAUGAGUGUGAGGAACAUGGCUGUGAGAACGGGGGCUCCUGCGUGGACUGGGUGAACAGCUACACCUGUGAGUGCACAGACGACUUCACCGGCCCACUCUGCCAGUGAGUAGCCUUUCUGUUUACACCAACCAAUUAGUGUCACAGUAAGUGCCAGGGAUCAUUGUCAUGUGGAACAACAGAUUCUCCGAUGAUUUUUUAUCUAGCUAGGAUAUUCUAAAUAUAAGUUGCAUGAUUAUAUACUUUUGAUGAACAGGAACCCUACACUCUUACACUUAUUGUGGACAUUGGAUAGUUUUCAAUAUAAAACAGGCUUUGGGUCGCCAUUGUGAAGGUGUAAUUCUGUACAUUACCCACAGGUGGACUUAUCCUCCACUGACAUGCGAAGAGGAUGUUCAGUGUGAAAAUGGGAUCUGCCAUGACGGACUGUGGGGGGCCAACUGUACCUGUGUGCCCGGUUUUGCAGGGGAGAGGUACGUUCCCGAAGCUCCUCUCAAUAGCGUGGGACAAAAAUGGUUGAUAUGCACAAAAUAAUACUGAUUAUAAAUGGCGCCGGAGAAGAUGGCUGCCGUUUUACAGCCCUCUAACGAAUUGUACUAUUAUGUGUGUUUUUCGCGUUAUUUGUAAUUUAUUUUGUACAUAAUGUUUCUGCCAUCGUCUCUUAUAACCAAAAAGAGCUUCUGGAUAUCAGGACAGCGAUUACUCACCUCGGAUUGGACUAAUAAUUUUUCUUCAACGAGGCGGCCGCGAAGGAUAUCCUACAGACACCCGACAAGGCCCAAAUCCCCGUCAUUCGCAUGAGGAAGAGACGGAGAUAUCGUGGACGUAGGUCGGGGUGCCUUGUAAGGAUCCGACGGCGAGCGAGUAAACUGCCUCUUCCAUCAGUCCUAUUAGCAAAUGUUCAAUCAUUUGAAAAUACAUUGGACGACCUAAGAUUACGGUUAUCCUACCAACGGGACAUUAAAAACGGUAAUAUCUUAUGUUUCACCGAGUCGUGGCUGAACGACGACAUGGAUAACAUACAGCUGGUGGGAUAUACGCUACAUCGGCAGGAUAGAACGGCUGACUCCGGUAAGACAAGGGGUGGUGGUCUGUGUAUAUUUGUAAACAACAGCUGGUGCACAAAAUCAAAUACUAAGGAAGUCUCAAGGUUUUGCUCGCCUGAGGUAGAGUAUCUUAUGAUAAGCUGUAGACCACAGUAUUUACCAAGAGAGUUUUCAUCUAUAUUUUUCAUAGCCGUCUAUUUACCACCACAAACCAAUGCUGGCAUUAAGAUUGCACUGAAUGAGCUGUAUAAGGCCAUAAGUCAACAGGAAAACGCUCAUCCAGAGGCAGCGCUCCUAGUGGCCGGGGACUUUAAUGCAGGGAAACUUAAAUCCGUUCUACCUAAUUUCACGUGCAAUGUUAAAUGUGCAACCAGAGGAAAAAAAACUCUAGACCACCUUUACUCCACACACAGAGACGCAUACAAAGCUCUCCCUCGCCCUCCAUUUGGCAAAUCUGACCAUAACUCUAUCCUCCUGAUUCCUGCUUAUAAGCAAAAACUAAAGCAGGAAGCACCAGUGACUCGGUUAAUAAAAAAGUGGUCAGUUGACGCAGAUGCUAAGCUACAGGACUGUUUAGCUAGCACAGACUGGAACAUGUUCCAGGAUUCUUCAGAUAGCAUUGAGGAGUACACCACAUCAGUCACUGGCUUCAUCAAUAAGUGCAUUGAUGAUGUCGUCCCCACAGUGACCGUACGUACAUACCCCAACCAGAAGCCAUGGAUUACAGGAAACAUCCGCACUGAGCUAAAGGGUAGAGCUGCCGCUUUCAAGGAGCGGGACUCUAACCCGGACGCUUAUAAGAAAUCCCGCUAUGCCCUCCGACGAACCAUCAAACAGGCAAAGAGUCAAUACAGGACUAAGAUUGAAUCGUACUACACUGGCUCUGACGCUCGACGGAUGUGGCAGGGCUUGAAAACUAUUACAGACUACAAAGGGAAGCACAGCCGCGAGCUUCCCAGUGACACAAGCCUACCAGACGAGCUAAACCACUUCUAUGCUCGCUUCGAGGCAAGCAACACUGAAGCAUGCAUGAGAGCACCAGCUGUUCCGGAUGACUAUGUGAUCACGCUCUCCGUAGCCGAUGUGAGUAAGACUUUUAAGCAGGUCAACAUUCACAAGGCCGCAGGGCCAGACGGAUUACCAGGACGUGUACUCCGAGCAUGUGCUGACCAACUGGCAAGUGUCUUCACUGACAUUUUCAACAUGUCCCUGACUGAGUCUGUAAUACCAACAUGUUUCAAGCAGACCACCAUAGUCCCCGUGCCCAAGGACACUAAGAUAACCUGCCUAAAUGACUACCGACCCGUAGCACUGACGUCUGUAGUAAGUGCUUUGAAAGGCUGGUCAUGGCUCACAUCAACACCAUUAUCCCAGAAACCCUAGACCCACUCCAAUUUGCAUACCGCUCCAACAGAUCCACAGAUGAUGCAAUCUCUAUUGCACUCCACACUGCCCUUUCCCACCUGGACAAGAGGAACACCUACGUGAGAAUGCUAUUCAUUGACUACAGCUCAGCAUUCAACACCAUAGUGCCCUCAAAGCUCAUCACUAAGCUAAGGAUCCUGGGACUAAACACCUCCCUCUGCAACUGGAUCCUGGACUUCCUGACGGGCCGCCCCCAGGUGGUAAGGGUAGGUAACAACACAUCUGCCACACUGAUCCUCAACACGGGGGCCCCUCAGGGGUGCGUGCUCAGUCCCCUCCUGUACUCCCUGUUCACCCAUGACUGCAACACCAUCAUUAAGUUUGCCGACGACACAACAGUGGUAGGCCUGAUCACCGACAACGAUGAGACAGCCUAUAGGGAGGAGGUCAGAGACCUGGCCGUGUGGUGCCAGGAUAACAACCUCUCCCUCAACGUGACCAAGACAAAGGAGAUGAAUGUGGACUACAGGAAAAAAAAAAAAAGAGGACUGAGCACGCCCCCAUUCUCAUCGACGGGGCUGUAGUGGAACAUGUUGAGAGUUUCAAGUUCCUUGGUGCCUACAUCACCAACGAACUAUCAUGGUCCAAACACACCAAGACAGUCGUGAAGAGGGCACGACAAAGCCUAUUCCCCCUCAGGAGACUGAAAAGAUUUGGCAUGGGUCCUCAGAUCCUCAAAAAAUUCUACAGCUGCACCAUCGAGAGCAUCCUGACUGGUUGCAUCACCGCCUGGUAUGGCAACUGCUUGGCCUCCGACCGCAAGGCACAACAGAGGGUAGUGCGUACGGCCCAGUACAUCACUGUGGCCAAGCUUCCUGCCAUCCAGGACCUCUAUACCAGGCGGUGUCAGAAAAAGGCCCUCAAAAUUGUCAAAGACUCCAGCCACCCUAGUCAUAGACUGUUCUCUCUGCUACCGCACGACAAACGGUACCGGAGUGCCAAGUCUAGGUCCAAAAGACUUCUCAACAGCUUCUACCCCCAAGCCAUAAGACUCCUGAACAGCUAAUCAUGGCUACCCGGACUAUUUGCACUGCCCCCCCACUCCAUCUUUUUACAUUGCUGCUACUCUGUUAAUUAUUUAUGCAUAGUCACUUUAACUCUACCCACAUGUACAUAUUACUUCAACUACCUCAACUAGCCGGUGCCCCGCACAUUGACUCUGCACCGGUACCCCCCUGUAUAUAUAGCCUCCCUACUGUUAUUUUAUUUUACUUCUGCUCUUUUUUUCCUCAACACUUUUUGGUUGUUGUCUUGUUUUACUUUUUUAUUUAAAAUAAAUGCACUGUUGGUUAAGGGCUGUAAGUAAGCAUUUCACUGUCAUUUCUGCACCUGUUGUAUUCGGCGCAUUUGGCCAAUACAAUUUGAUUUGAUUUGAUUUGAAAAAAUACAGCUGUUUACAAAUCAGGCAUUACAGGGUAGCACCGUUUGAAGAAAAAAACAGCUUGGGGUGAUAGAGAUGGACACCAGAAUAUAUUAUUUUAUUUUAUUUAACAUUUAUUUAAUAUAUCUAUAUAUAUCUCACACGUUUCCUAUGGUCUAGACUUUAAAUAUCCUUAUUGUGUUUUCCUCCUCAGGUGUGAAACGGAGAUAGAUGAGUGUGAGUCGAACCCCUGUCAGAAUGGUGGCUCCUGUAUCGAUCGAGUCAACAGGUUCUGGUGUGUGUGCCUACCUGGCUACAGCGGCCUGUUCUGCGAUACAAGCGUAAGAACUCUCGACUUCUUCAUUCUUCUACUCCUUCUCUUCCAAGUAAUUUUGCACUUGUCAUCUAUAAUAAAUCAUAAGCAUUUAUAACGUUUUUUUAAUCUUUACAAUGCAUGAGCCUUUAUAAAUACCUAUACAACGUUUAUUAAUGUUAUAAAGAUUUAAGGAUAUAUAAUGGUUUAUUCAUGAUAAUUAUUAUGACGUGGAAUAUUUGUUGUUGUUGUUGCAUUAGGUCAUUUUAGAAUUAGCCAUAGUCAGUCACUCAUCACUGACGUUUCUCCCUUGGUUCCUUGAUUGUUCCCGCCUUGCAGAAACAGCCCCAGAAAGAGAGGGUGCCGUGGCUGGUGAUAGCCAUCCCCCUGGUGUGCCUCUGUGUCCUGCUGGCUGUCAUCGGCAUCACCUUCAUGGUGCUCACUGCCCGCAAGAAGCGCCAGUCAGAGGGCGCCUACAGCCCCAGCACUCAGGAGGUGGCCGGGGCGCGCCUGGAGAUGGACAGCAUGCUCAAGGUUCCCCCCGAGGAGCGGCUCAUCUGA